AUGCGGGAUCCUAUCCCUACAGCGCGGAGCAACAGUCAUGUGUGGAUAUCUAGGAACUAUGGUCAAAGCUUUGUGAAUCGUACUGGCUCGUUUAGGACUCCAAAUGGAUUUGCACUCAUUGACAUGUUUUAUCCUUCUCCUUUGGAUAAUACAAGAGUAAGUGAAGGGUGGGACAUUCACUUGGUUUGAGGAAAUUUUGUCAAAUUGGCCAUUUUUGUUACUGCAUGUAUUACUAGGUGUGGCAGAGAGGUUUUGUGUAGCCCUGUGGUGAUAUUAACAGUGGACAUCAAAGACGUUACUUUUUUUGUCCACUGUUCUCAGGUGGAGUUAAAGUUUAUUUGGUUGAAAUUUUUAGGAGUAGAUAUUGUAAACAGGGAGAAUCUGGAGGAAAUCCCUUGGCAAAGAUAAGAAUAAAGAGCAAACUCAUCUCAAUCUUGAUAGCUGUGCACAAUUUGUGAUCUAUUAUAUUGUGCCAGGUGUGGCCUAUAAAACCUUCUACAGUGUUGGUGGAGUUCACAUUUUCUUGUCUGUACAGAGCUAAGUUUCAUCAGAGUCUACUGAUGAAGAUACUGUACUAAGUAACUUAUGUCAUCUACUGAUUGGACCAGAUAGUGUGAUUUAUGUGAAAUUUUAUUUUUUCCUUUCAGUAUCUCUUUGUUGACAGACAGCACCGGAUGAUAUACAGCACAUUAGAUGAUUGUCAGACUGUUAUAAACAGCAGUGUUAGCUUUGUUGCAGAUGAAAUCACCUUCCACUCAACCAUUAAAGAUGUUGUUGUAGCUUAUGAUGCAUCAGCAAAAAAGGUAUGUUUUCUGAACCCUUAAUACCUUAAUAUCAUCAUCCAUGUUCUCCAUCCUCUUCUCUAUACAUUUCUUGCUGUACAGACAAGGAGAAUUCAUUUAACAAUCAAAGCGGCUUAUGUUAAUGAUUAUUUCUUUUAAGGAGUAAUUAGAUGCUGGUUACUCCAAGGGUUGAAAAGGUUGAAAUUUAAUGGUUUAACCCCUGAGAGUGACUGGCUUGGGAUUUCUCCUUACAGUCUCACCCUUGGAUCAAAACUAAUUACCAAUUUAAGAAGCUCCUACAGUUGUCAAACAAAUACUCUUUGUCAGUACCACUGGUAUUUUAAAGCAAACAGUGUGGAGAAUAUGAAUGCUGAUGUUGGGUGCAAAGAGUGAACCAAUGCCUUAUAGUUAUGCAGCAGAAUCACUGGGAAGGUUUCAACUAAUGCUCAGAAGUGUACUAUACACCCUUUGAAAGCUUGCGACCUGUAUAUAUUAAAAAACAUCAACAUGAGGAACUAUUAACAGUAUCAAGGAGAUAUAAGAGAACUGACUCAAAACUGAAAACAUAAAACAUGUAUCAACUGCCAAAUUUUUUAAGUACUGAUACUCUUAGACAGAUCCUCAGUUGAAACUCUUAGAGCACAGCCUACUGUGGUGUUACUAGUUUUACAAUCCAGGUGUAUUCCAGAAAAAAAGUUGAAAAAUUGCAAUGGUGCUUGGAUUGGAGGGGUGGAAACGUUGUUACUUCAGUUCUUUGCAUGACAAAUUUUGGAAAUCCAUCACAUAUUCAUCAAAUAUUCACAAAGUUGUGGAACUUUAUGUCAAGGAAACUUUGUCUUUGGGGUGAAAUGGUUAAAGCACAGUACAAUUUAUGUUACUUUUAAUGUACACCUUACAAUAUGUGUAAAAGUUGGUUAGAGAUGAGCAGUACCAGAGCAGAGAGGUACUUUUACAAUGUACUUGUAGAGCGAGGGAUAAGAUAGGUCAAUAUUUGAAAACUUGACUGAAUAGAUACUCCUCUUAUUUCACAGCUCUACUAUUCUGCUGAUUUUGGGUUCUCUUGGAACUUGAAAGAUGAGAAUGUUGUAACAUACUUUUGGUAAGUCUGUUUUGUCUUGUGAUGUUUUUUCUUAUACUUUAUGUAGCCUUUAACCAUGCGUAAUAUUUUUGUAUGAUCUUUCACAAUAGGGGCAUUCUUCCAUGGGACAAUCCCAACACUUUAUAUAUUGAGCGCGAAGAGUACGCAGGUACAGCUGUAUGCUUAUUUAUAAAAUAAUCUGAGUAAUGCAUGCAUUUUGAGUGGUUCUUACCUAUGAUCUAUGAGAUGUACAGUACCACUCAAAAGUAGGUUGACAGGUCCUCAAAAAUUGAUCUUUGAUCCUCAAUUCUCAAUCCUCGAUUCUUGAAAAACUGUGAGGAUGGAGGCUUGAGUAAAGUUUCAAGAUGUUCAAGUUGAGUAUCAAGACCCUCAAAACUCAGUGCUUUUCUCAGUAUUUUUGGUAUUUUUUUUAGUAGUCAGCAAGGGAAUAAAGUGCAGUAUGUAGUGGGCUGGAAACAAGUGAUUGCAUAAAGCAACCAAGCAACUAUUCCUCUGGCACCUAUUCCCCUUGUUUUUUGUAAUUUUCUUCACAAUUUUAUGUGAUCUUUUUGAGUAAAUUUGAAAAUACAUGUUUGCAAUAGGAAAAAAAUUUAUUUCAGAUCAAGACAGUUUUUUUUUACUGCCUUCUUACAUAAGCCUUUGACCCAUAAGAGUGACUAGUAUCUAAUCUCUCUUUACAAAAUUAUCCCUGAAUCACACAUUGAGGUCAUGAUAAUUAAGGAAAUGAUCACCAACUAAAAGAAGCUUUUAACCCCUUAACUCCCAAGAUAAAAUUAUUAAUUCUCCCUUCUAGCUGCUACACAUUUCUUUGUACGUUCGUUAUAAGGAUUUGAUGUUAGAUUAAGAUAUAAACUUCUACCUGAUAAGUUUGAGUCUUCUCAUUACCUGUUUGUUGGAUACUGUAUGGAUAUUAUAGGGAGAAGUUAUAUGUCAAUCACUUCUGGAAGUUAAAGGGUUAAUAGUUAAACAAGUCUUCCUUGUCAGAACCUUAUACAUGAAGAAUAGUACGAAGGAUAUACAUACCUGUGCUGAUGUUAGGGUGUAAAGGGUUAAAUUGCAGUGCAAAUAUAUGAAUUCACUUGGAUGUUUAUUUGGACCCAAUUCAUUGACCAGCUCCUAGUUGGCUUGUUAGCUCAAUUGGUAGAGCGCUGCACCGGUAUCGCAGAGGUCAUGGGUUCAAAUCCCAUACGGACCUGAAUUUUUCCAGGUCCUAUUUACAACUACUCGUUUCAGUAGUGUUCUUAGCUGCGUGGAUCUCUUAAUUUCAUCUCUCCACCACAGUGCAAAUAUAUGAAUUUUCAUAUAUCUAAAAUCAUCAGGUUAAAUUUUGUUUCCUCCAAUUUUCAGGUGGCUAUUCCAAUGUGGUUAAAACUGACUAUUUUUCCCACUUCUCGGCACUGUUGAUAACACAUGUUGAGGACUUUGAAGUUAUUGAUAACUACAUGUUUGCCACACAAGUUAACACAGUGAGUAUUCUUACCCAGUUUAAAUGUACAGUUGUAGUACAGUAGUUAAUUUAAAUGGGUCAACUAAUGUGCAUUAACAACACAGACUGAGAUAUUGGUGUUUGUUUGCCAGUCAUUGGAAACGAAUGUUUCUACAAUCUCUGCAAACAUCAGGUUCAGGGUGUGAUAUGGUGUGUUUCCAUGUCAGUCUAUACUGUAGCUUGUUGAUUAAUGUAGGGUGCUGAGGAGACAAGAAGAUGCCUGAAAAACACCCCCUGAUAAGUUGCACAGAAGCACUCUCUUAUGACAAAAACAAACACGUGUAGAGCUGAUGAAUGAAACAGUGAGGCAGUUUCUUUUCAGCUAGGAGAGAAAUGGCUUUCACAAAACCUCCUCUGUAGUCACAAAUAUGAGCUAUUAUUUGCUGCACUCUAUAAAAUUAUUUUCCAAACAAAAAGCUGCGAGUAUAGCUUCCAUUAAUCUAUUUGACAAAUUUUCUCCCAUUUGAUCAUAAACGAUACUUGGAAGCAUCAAACAACUGCACUCAAAGGUUUAUCAGCCAUAAUUUGUUUGGUGCAAAGUGGUAUACUCUGGUGAAAUGAUGUGGCUGUUUUUUUUCAUCAACAAAAAAAAUGGCAUCAACAAAAAAGUGGCUUCACAAAAAUGUUCUUGCUGAUGCAAAUACGAGUUGAUAUUUGCCGCACUGUAUAUCCUCCAAAUGACAAUCCAUGAGUGUAACUAUCUUUAAUCCAAUCAAAGAUGCUUAUUCCAUUUGAUCAUAAAAAAUAUGUUGAAGUUGGCAUAUGACAAUUACACUCGAAGCUUUCCUGUCAUUAUUUCUUUCAUAAGAACCAACACUGAAAUAUCAGGCUUUUCCAAAAGCCAGUUGGCAACAUGACCAGUACAUCAUUUCCUGAAACCACUGUAGAAAUUGUUUCUUUUGGUUCCAAUUUUACUGCACAAGACAUAUUAAACUCUGAAAGACACUUAAGUGCUUCCUCAAGAGGGAAUUUGAAACUAAUAACUUCACAAUCUCAGUUUCCCAUCAUUCUCUUUGAAUGAUGCCCAAAUGACACAUUUGGCUUGUGAUUGACAGCUGGAGCUUAACUGCACCAAUCAGGAACUCUGUCGGGUGAACCGAGUUUUGCAAAAUAGCAAUGACUUUGGGCAGGUGUAAUCUUCACUCCCUGACCCACACCCCUCUCCUACUUUUUACUGUUGACCACCCCCUUGGUACAAAUCUCUUUCUCUCUUCGGCCCUCUGCUGCCAUAAAAAUCAAAGAUGGCGGCUGUAAUUUUCAUUAAGAAAAUUCUAAGCAAUUGCUCACCAAAAUUACACCUGCUCUGCAGGCUACCCUGAUUCUGACCAUACAAUGCUGUAAGUGUUUAUUGUUUGCAGCCACAUAUGCUGUCAGUUCUAAUUUGUAACCUUCUCCUCAUUUUCAGUCCCACCAAAACUUAGGGAACAUGAUUCCUGUAUGUGCUUCAAGUCAACCAUUAAUUUUUAAAUGUUAUAUAACUGUAGUUAUCAUUUUUCACAGUACAGUCGAUUUGUUUACGUUAUAAUUAUUCCUAGAACACACUGUAAGCGCAUGUAUUUUGGAGUGAGUUUUGUUGAUUUCCUCUGGAAGCACAGUGUUUAAAGUUGUCUUUGCGAGAGUUUCAAAAUUUUUGCUGAUUUUAUCCGUGAGCAGGGAGAACUUCAUGUAUUUUUUAGAUCUUUGGGUGAAAAGCUGUACUUUCCUUUUUCUUUUAGUCCUCAGGGCGUCGUGUCCUUACUCUGAUGGUAUCUGUGAAUCGAAGUGAUUUCCAUCCAGCUGAAAUUCCCUCAGAUGCUCCAUCUCAGGUUUGAAUAUUUCAAAUACUCUUUGAUUGUUGUUACAGGACUGGUUAGUGAUAUUCCUUGUCUCUCAGUUAGUUCAUGUACGUGCGCAAUGACUGUUCAAUUUUGCUGGCUGUGAUAAGUCUAAGACCCCCUCGAUUAAAAAAAAAAAACUUUUUCAUUUGAAAUCUCCCCCCUCUGUUUAUUCCUUUAACUCCCUUGAGUGACCAAGACAUAAUUUUUCCUUACAAUAUCAAUACAAUAUCAACCACAUAAGUGAUAAGAGUAAAGGAAAAUAUCAAUUUGGGGAUAAUUAGUUGAUCCAGUACUUAAUUCUCUGAACUAACAUUAUAAGAAUUGUAAGGUUGACAGCAUGGUCAUGUUACUGUGCUGAAUUGAAGUGAACUUAAGGAUUGCUCUCUCUGACCCUGAAAAUACAGUGUAGAUUGUUACAUGUUUAUGUAGUUAUGGGAAAAUAUUGUUUGCCAGCACUGAACUCAGUGACCAAUAUUGAUCCAAAAAAACUUGUGACCUCUCUCGGAAAAACGUACACUAACGGCUUUCCUUUAAACGGGUGAAACGCACGGCUACCGAACGGGUAACAAACGGGUAACUCACCCGUUUGAACGGAUGCUAUCGAACGGCUGAACGGGUUAUUAAGUAUUCCGAAUGGCUUGCGUAAAUUUUCGAACGAGUUACCCAAACGUCUGAACGGCUUGCCAAAAUUUUCUUACGGGUUACCCAAACGACUGAACGGCUUGUCAAAAUUUUCGGACGGGUUACCCAAACGUCUGAACGGCUUGUCAAAAUUUUCGAACGGGUUACCCAAACGUCUGAACGGCUUGUCAAAAUUUUCGAACGGGUUACCCAAACGAGUGAACGGCUUGUCAAAAUUUUCGGACGGGUUGUGAGGCGUGAGUGGUCCAGUGGUCUGAGCGCUGGACUCUGGGUCGGACGGCCCGGGUUCGAGUCCUGGCCGGGGCACUACGUUGUGGCCUUAAGCAAGCCGCUUCACUCACCUUGCUUCGUCUUCUCGGAUAAGACGUUAAGCCGGAGGUCCCGUCUCCUGCAGGGUUUGGGGUAGGAGACGUUAAUUUCCCACGCACGAGAUUACUGUGUGAUGGAUGUCCUCCCCUGGGUUGGGUUGGGUGGAUUUAAGAGGGGUAGUGCCCCGUAUGGGACUCCAUGUCCCGCUGCACUAACCCAAUUGGCGUCUGUCUAUUAGUAGACGUACCCAAUAAAGUUGUUAUAAAGGUUACCUAAACAACUGAACGGCUUGUCAAAAUUAUCGAGCGGACCACGCAAACGACUGAACGGCUUGUCAAAAUUUUCGAACGGGUUGACAUAGACGGAUGAACGGGGUUAUGAUUAAUUUCGAACGGCUCAUGAAAAACGCUCGCCAUAAAGGCCGAACGGGUAGGUUAUCCCUCCGAACGAAUGCACACAUCCGGUCCGAUUCAGGUUUUGUUGAAACCUCACGUUUUAGUGUACGUUUUUCCGUGAGAGGUCACAAUUGGUUCAGUACCCCAUCUCAACACUCCUUCAUAUUACAUUUUCUGGAUUGAGUGGCUCACAGCCAUUUUGAUUUUGUCCAGGGCAAGUAGCAGGACUCUACAUAUAUUUAUAAUAAUAGUUCGAAUAUAGACGUACCGUCAUUGGUUGAAAGAGCGUGCUCUAUGAGAGUAUAGAGCAUAGAACUGAGCUAAAGUUGUCACGCCAUCUGCCAAAUUGUACUAUGUCCGACCUUUUCCGAGACUUCUUUCGAGCUUUUCUUUCGUUAAUUGACAGUGAAAUUUCGGAACAAGCGAGCAAAGGUUUGCAAAAAUGCCAGGUGCAUAAGUUAGGUUACUGUAACGUGAGCAGAGACAAAUCCUCAAAGAUAAAAUAAAAUAGACAGUCCGAGUUUUAAUGGUUUUCACGCUCAGUUAGAUUGCAUGUUUACGUACGGUAAUAAAAAUCAAACAUAGCUAACACUUGUAUAGUAUAUAAAGUUUCAUUUUCAAAAACAAAACAGGAAGGAUGAAAAAUAUAACCUGGCAUAACUGUUAAAAUUCAUACUAAUCGUGACGGUGUCGGAGCGACUGCGAUCAUGCUGAGGUCUAUUGCGACUCGCUCAUCAUGGCGAUCUACGGUCAUCGCAAUGGAGCAAGCCUCAGGAACUAAAUCGACUACCCUUCGAGUGGAAAAAUAGAAGCUAAUUCUGAUUACCUUUCCGAUGCGUUGAGUGGAAGGCCUCAUUAGUCACCGCAGCCGAGUUUUACGUCGCUGUCAAUCCGAGCGAUCUUCAUAUCCUAGUGAAUUCGGCUGUUGUUCAUUCCUAAUGCACUGGGCCUGAACAGUUUGUUUUCUACUUGUCAUGUGAAAUAACUCGCGUAUUUUUUGUGAGCCACGACUGGGCCGAAUUUCACUGAACAUUUCACCUUCAGAUUCUGUAUUAGAAACUGCAAGAGUGUUAAAUUCGACAUUCCGAACUAUUUUGUAAACUAUUGCAGAGUAUGAACUUUGAUGGUUUGACAUUUUUGACAGCUUUAGUCUUGUACAGCCAAUCAGAUUAUUUGAACCGCUCUAACAGGGAUUAUGACUAGCUUAUUGUAGCGUGCUUUAUGAGAGUAUAGAGCAUGCUGACGACACUGUUGUUCUCUUUGGAAAUGAAAUUUGUUUUGAAAAUUGAAAGUAAUUCUUGGAGAAUUUAACGGAUUCUUUAUUAUAAAACUAAUAGAGAAGCCUUGACUGUGUUCUGUUCUGUUGUAAAGCACUCAGGAAGCGGCUAGAGCACUCAAGGGUUAGAAGCUAACUCCUACUCAAGAAGUAGGCAAAAACACUUGACUACGUCUCGUGUUUCCCCCUACACUUCUUUCGUACUUUAGCCGCUUCCUGCGUGCUUUACAACAGAACAGAGCGCAGUCAAGGCUUCUCUAUUUGCUAAGUGUAUUCUAUAUUCUGUGAUUGGUGGAUUUAGCUUAGUGGAACUAUUAUGAUUGGCCGCUUACCUUAGGUGUCCCAUUACAGCCAAAUGUUCGACAACAACUGUACAGAAUGAUCAGUGAAAAAUAAAGCAGCUAAUGUGUCAAUCACAUUUGAGGAAAUUGUAAUGGUUAUGAUUAAUAUAGCUCUUGUAUGUACUUACCAGGAUUUCUAUGUUGUCGAUGCGUCUGAAAAUCAAGUUUUCCUAGCAGUCACUCACGAUCGCAGAACUACUCAUCUCUACAUUUCGGGCACUUCUGGCCGUAAGUACAGCUUGUCUUUGGAAAGGGUGCUAUAUUUCUCUCCAAACACCACCACGGCUUGGCUGAGGUAAGACAUUGUUUUUAGUUUCUACAAUGAUUUCAUAAAGAUGUUGCAAGACUCUCCUGUCAUGAAGCUCACCCAAUUCGUUCUGAAUGAUUUGUUCCUGCAUCAGGCACUACAUAGAUUUCUCGUUUGUUGACCUUCACAAAGUCCAAGGCUUGAGAGGGGUGUAUAUCGCAAGUCAACUCACUGUUGGUGCAGUGGGUACUCGGCGUAUCAUGACCAAGAUAACAUUUGACAAGGGUGGAAUGUGGCAGCCAGUUAGUGCCCCUAAAUAUGACAACCUUGAUAAACCUUUGAAUUGCAGUCUGGUGAGUCCUAGUUAGUUCUUAAGAUGAAAUGUGACAAGAAUGUCACAUGUCUCCUGUUUAAAAUAGUUAUUGUUAUACAGCAUGCAUAUUGUAUAUGUAAUUUCUCUAGUAAGCUUUCCUAUCUAGUAGAACUUCAAGUCUCUCUCUCUCUCACAACUCCCCUUUUUCAAUAGACUUUCUAUCUUUUCACUCCCCCAGAUGAAAGUUCUUUGAGUAUUACUUGUAGUUGAGUUGUUGUUUAUUAGGGCUUGGUAGUGUUGAAGUAUGAAAUAUACUGGCAUCUGAAAGCCUUUGCCAGUUCCCAUGUUAAAUGUUGUCUUAACCAAAGAAAGGCGUACACAUACUUAGGGCUCCAAGCUGGAACUGUUUUUGGUUGCUUUCAUUGGGCAGUUUUGGACAUUAAUAGGCCAUGCACAUGUAUGGGGUAUAUUUCUGGUUGGAAAGUGUUAUCAUUAUACUUUUUAUCUCUUUCCCAGCCAAAUUGUUCUUUACACUUGUCGCAAAAGUUCGGCCAGUACUACCCCUACACCCGCUACUCUCCUAUGAAGUCAUGGACUGCAGCCCCAGGCAUCAUAAUGGCGACAGGUACAUUGAAGUGCAGUUUUUUUGUUUUUCUCUAUGUCGCAUUAUGUGAAUACUCCUCCAUUCCUCUUUUUUCUCUUUCACCUCCUCUUCUUUCUUUAAUCACUUGCUGUAUCUGCAAGUUUUAAAAUACAUUUACAUUGACCCUUCAAUUCCCAGAAGUGAUUAACAUGAAACUUCUCCCUAUAAUAUCCAUACAGUAUCAAGCAAACAGGCAAUGAGAAUAUUCAAACUUAUCUGAUAGCAGCUGCUAUCUUGAUCUAGCAACAAAUUCUCAUAUCUAAUUUACAAGGGAAUGUGUAGCAGCUAGAGGGGAGAAUUAACAAUCAGAUCUUGGGAGUUAAAGGGUUAAAGGGAACCUCAUUUUGCAUAUACAAUACUUCCACCACCAUCCCCUUCUUCUGUAAACUUCCACCUCCUUUUUGCUCCCAUUGUAAAAGUUAUCAUAAAAAUAAUAAUAAUAAUAACUUUAUUUUCCGAACCGGCUCACGUCAGCCUGUCUAGCCCUACACACGCCGCUUUCACUGUGGUUUUGUAUGGGCUUACGCGGGUCAUAUGAUAAUAUUCUCUAUUCCGUCUUACUUUGACUUUCAAUGUACUCAGGUUACUGACAUCAAUGCCCAUAUUGUAAAUUUUCAGGUACCUAUGGCAAAAACUUGAGACUGAACAGUGACAUCUUCCUGUCAACAGAUGCAGGCUUGAACUGGCACAUGGUAACCAAUUGCAUUUGUAUAAUAAGCUGCAUAACGCACACUCUGAUUGGUUCUUUCUUAUGAGCUUGUAGGAGGGCAGAGUCAUAGAUACGUCCCUAUUAACAAUUUUCAGUUUCUUUAUUAUAUGAAACAAUUAAAUUUCAUGUUGCCGCGAGUCUGUACAGUAAGAAAUCACAGAGGAUGUCAAAAUGUGAUAAGAACAGCAGUGACACACUCAAUCUACCUGUGUUACCGAACAGACGUACACCAUCAUAGAAUAUAUUAAAUCUAAAUGUGCCAUUGUAGAAGUCUAAUUUGCUGAGUUUACUAAUAUUAUGGUAAUUCUAACAGCCUAACGGAACUGAAGACAUCAUCACUUAAACCAAUUCAGUCUCAAAGAAAAUACAAGGAAGGGCUGCACAUACAACCUGCUUAUCACCCAAUCAUGAUUUUUUUGUGCUUUUGAUUGGUUGAUAUGAUGGCAUAAGAUUUCCACACCAAUCACGCAUUACUGUCGAAGAAAGCCUAUCCAAUCCUAUAUACAUACACUUUUAACAUUCCAUUGAAACCUGCUUUGAAAUAUUUGCGAAAAGUUUGUGGUACAAGUUAUGUGUAAGAUAUCUCAAUACAAAGAUGAUCUCGCUCUGUGGUCACUUCUGUGAUUUUAAAUGGCUAGAGUGGCAUUUUAAAAAUUUUCUGGUCUUUCUGUUUAAGCUACAUAUACUUCUUUUUUUUUUUUUUUCUUUUAAGUGUAUUUUGACGACGCUAGUACUAGCGGCACUAACACUACUAGCAAGGGAGGAUUCUAGGGUAUUGAGCUUACUUUUUAUUUUCUCAGAUUCUGAAACGUCCCUUUUGGUGGUACAACCUUGGCGAUCAUGGUGGAAUUUUCAUCGCGGUUCAGAGAAGUAGACUGACAAACUUGAUUUAGUAAGUAAAGAACAAAUUAAUUCUGAUCAGAUAGAAUUAACUGAGACAGCAUAAUAAACUCAAGUUUGUAAGAAAUGUAUUCUGAAAUAGCUUUUGAGAAGGUUUAUCUUAAAACUAGCAAUAUUAAACUCUAACUUUGCUAUAGUUUGCAGAGUAGGUGUAAUUUUGAUGAACGAAAAUUAGUGCUGCCAUCUUUGAUUUUUUACAGCAGUGGAUGGCUGGGGUCAGAAAUAUUUCGUACCAAGGGGGUUAGCGACGUUCAAGAGAAACGAGAGGGGAGGGGGUGGGGUAAUAGAAUUGUCGUCUUUUUUACACUGUUCACUCUUAGUGUAACGCCACACCAAACAUGGCCAGCCGGAUAAACGAUUGCGAGCUUGUAACGCUAACUCGUCUUAAUAAGGCGCCUGCACUACAGGCUUUCUUUCCGAAGAAGAAGUCAUUGUUUUUUUUUUCUUUUUAUCUUUAGUUAUAGCUGGAAUGAGGGAGAGACCUGGUUGACUUACAGGUUCUUAAACAGCACCAGGAUGAGAGUGUAUGGUCUCCUGACAGAACCCGGUGAACAGAGUGCUGAGUUUACAAUCUACGGGUCAUAUCCUGGGCAUCACAGAUGGGUUGUUGUUCAAAUUAAUUUGAGAAAGGCACUCGGUAAGUCAUUUAUGUACUACUAGUCAUAAGCUAUUUCAAAAUUUUCCCAAGAUAGCCCCAUAGCGUUUUAGCCUGAUUAUGACACCGCGCCGGGGUUUUCAUGGAGAAUUUUUUUUGUUUUCUGCCAUCAUGGUUACUGAAAGUUACCAAAAUGUAAAAUUUAAGGGUAGGGCUGUUGUUUCCUGUCGCAAAAUAUUUACAUCAAGGUUUUCGUUCUGAAGCUAAAACGCGACGAAAGAAGGUGCUUACUUGCGGUUAAUAGACUUUGCUUUUAAUUUUUCCAACUAUUCCAAUUUGCUUCGGUGAAAUCUUCCACGAUUUUUCACAAUAAGUGACAUUUGUCCUGCCGAUUAUUCUAGGAUCUAAAAAAUUAGGGGUUAGAAAGGGAGUUUCUUCGCUUUUUGUUUUUUUGCCUCUUCAAAUUUGAAUUGGUCUCAUGAAUUUUCAGGGGGUUCAAGUAAAUUUUGAGCGAUAAAUAAUGAGCAGUUCCUAAUCUGACCCAUUUUUUGACGUUAGGUUCUCCAUGCUUGAAGGAUAAAGACUACAAACCAUGGAUACCAUCAGACGAACGGAACGGAACAUGUUUGUUAGGAAGGAAGACCAUUUACGAGAGGCGUAUCUCUCAUGCUCACUGUUAUAACGGCUACGAUUAUGACCGUCCGAUCUCAUCUCAGAAUUGUCUAUGUGAUAAAGAGGACUUCGAAUGGUAGGGCUAAUGAACAGCAGAGUAACAUUUUCUUUUCCAAAAGCACACAGUUUAUGUCACAUUUAACUCCAGUAAAUACCAGUCAAGUUAGCUGCUCAAGAGGUUAGCCUAGGAAUUAACCCCUGAGUUAGUUAACUUACAGUAUUGCCCGCUUGUAGCAGCUUCGCGCAUGUUAAGUGCGAAUUACACAAGCCUCCAGUUCGUGUGAUGGCGCGUGUGUGGAAGCAAAGUUGUACGCUUCGUUCCUGGUUUACUUUUUCCCUGAGGUAACAAGUUUCUGGCUGGCGAAGCAUGUAGGGCUCCACACUGAUUAAGGUCCAUGUCCAAGCUGUUUUUGAAACUCCUUGUGGACGUGUCAACUUUCAUUCGUUUCAAAUAGAAGUGCAUGAGCUUACAGUACAUGUACAAGCCUCAUCCAGUAUUUUCCACACAGAUAUGAUGGUGAUAAAGAGUAAAAUUGCAUGUUGUAUUCAGGCCAUUUUAUGCAUUUCCAGAAUUUCACAGUGUGCAACUAUUUCCAGUUAAUGUAUUUUACUGUAUCUGCCAUCAAGUUAAAAGUACUUCUGUAAAAUUGCAGUGAUGUGGGAUAUAUCCCUGACGCCUAUAAUCCCGAUAAGUGCGUAUUUGACAGAACCAGUGGAUUGUCUCCUACAAGUAUGCCAGUUUAUUGUCCUCCUGGAAGCACCUACCGCCGCACGAAAGGGUAUGUAGGGAUGAGGACUAGUACAAUAGAGAGGGUUCAAGUUGAAUGUCGAGAGUAAUUCGGGAUCGCUUUCGUUUUGCUGUAUUUCGCUCACUGAUUGAUCCAAAAAAGGCUCACGCCACUUUCUAGACCAAUCAGAUUGAAACUAAUCAGGACUUGGUCACUUGCGUUUACCCGCGCUUCAAGCGGUUUGUCAAGCGGCUUGUUUUCACUAUGAGUUCUCCGUUGCUCCUCGUGAUAUUUUUCUUUAUUCUGAUUGGCUGUCGUGAUUGCUUUGGUUUUCUGAAAGUUUUGGUUUUCCGACACUCAUUCAAAUGCGCUCGAAUGUACAUUAGAUAAACAUUUGUAAUGAACGCUGAAGAACGAGUAGUCAUCAACACUUUUGAAGUGCAGUAGGAAUUAAUUAUUCGUGUGAAGCGUCAGUUCUGAUGAUGACUUACGUACGAGUUGAUUUAACUCUUCACACCCUAACAUCGGUAUGCAUAUUCUCCAAACAUUUCCUAAGGUGCUGACAAGGAGAAUUUGUUUAACGAUCAAGAGCUUCUUUCGUUGGUGACCAUUUCCUUCAUUCUUGUGACCUUAAUGUAAGGGUCAGCGGUGAUAUUGUCGGGAGAAAUUAGAUGCCAGGAACUCUAAAGGGUUAAACGCUGGUACAUGUCACUGUCAACAGUUGUUUUCAGGGCUUCUCUUAACCAGGCGAUCGUCCAACACGUACAUGUACUUGAUCGAUUGUGACUCUCAGCUGUACAUGCCAUUUACUGAAUUGUGCAUAUGUUAUUUAGCUAAUAACCAUCUUAAGCAUUCAAAGCAUCAGCAUCGUGUCUUGACAAAUAGUUUUUGAUUACUCAUACAGACCACAAAUAAAUGGUACUUUUUCAACUUACACUAUUUUUGUAUUUGUGUUCCAGUUAUCGGAAGGUUGCUGGAGAUACCUGUUCAGGAGGAAUGGAGGAUCAUUUUUCUGCUGACAUGGUCUCUUGCAGAAUAGGACGUAAGGAAAUCUUUAUUUAUAAUUGGAUGUUCGCCCCCACCUUGCCCACUUUGUCUCCAAAUCUUUGGACUUGUUUCCCUACAAUAAAACGUUUUUAUUUCCUGUCGAAAUUUUGAUAUCUCCGAACAUCAUGCAGUUUUCACCGCGAAAUCGUAACAAGGUUCGAUCAACUUGCAAUUCCUAGCCACACUAAAGACGCACUUUAGCUCCUUUAGGAGCCAACAGUUAUUCGAAAAGCAAUUACCAACGAAGGCAGCGAUAAUUUUGACCAAGAGAAUACUAUGCAGUCGCUCGCCAAAAUGAUGCCUGCCCUGCGGGCUAGUUUGGUGUGAAUGGUUUACAAGCACGGGCGUUCACUUUUAUUGCUUUGGUGACCGGCGAAGGGUUCAAUAUUGGAUCCUGGUGUAUUUUGCUUGUACUCGGGGAGUACCAGUUCAUUUUCUACUACCACUUGGUGUUUAAUGUCACGUUGAUGUUUUGCCUUAUGCGGUAUUUUGUUAUUCGUUAAUGAUUAGUAUCACACAAAUAAUUCAUUUUCCUUCUGUGUACUCAACAGCUCAGCCGCAGUUCUUACUUUACGCUGGACGAAGGUUCAUCCGGAGAAUCUCACUCGGCGACAAUAGAGAAACAACUAUUCCACUUGGAAGUGGGUUGCAAAAUGUCAUCGCGUUGGACUAUGAUUACGCACAGAACUGCAUCUAUUGGGCCGACAUCACCCUGGACACCAUUAAGCGUUCUUUUCUCAAUGGCUCUGGUAGGUUGAAACAAAAUUGUGCAAAACUGGAAUGGGGACGACGCAGUUGCGAGAGCGCUCGACUACCAGAACUUUGGCCCAGGUUUGAUUCCCGGACCUGGCGUCAUUUGUGGGCUGAGUUCGUUGUUCGUUCUCGUCCUUGCUCCGAGGGUUUUUCUCCGAGUUCUCCGGUUUUUCACCCUCCACAAAAACUAACGAUUCCAAAUUCUAAUUCGACCUGGAAACAGUGGACAAGAACCUCCUUGUGGAAUUUCCAUUGCUGAAUCCCAUUAUUAUUGUUGUUGUUGUUGUUGUUGUUGUUGUUGUUGUUGUUAUUAUUAUUAUUAUUAUUGCAGGAAAACGUAAGGAUGCCUCCUUAAAUAAGAUAUUGACAAGGCGCAAUCGCGUAGCUUGUCAUUACCAUAGCCUAAAACAAUUCGUAAAAUAAAGAAAUUCUCAAAUGAUAUUAGAAACCCAAAAAGUUAUGGGUAAAAGUUUGGCCAGUUCAUAGGUCCUGCGCAGUGAGAACUUUGAAACUCCGUGCAAUGUUAAGGGUACUUGAGAUGACUGCCUUUUGCAUAUCCAGUAAGAUCUUAUCUGCCCUGACACCUACAAGUUCUUUAAUACGAUCUAGUGUCUUUCUUGAUACGCCUCCGAGCCCUAUUAUGAUUAUUAUUAUGAUUAUUAUGAUUAUGAUUAUUAUUAUUAUUAUUAUUAUUAUUUAUCGUUUUUCUCACGAUGUAGUCACAUCCGGUGUUCUCUUCGACGUUAUGCCUGGAGAAGACCGGUAAAGUGUAGUCGAAACGUUGUGAUCCACUUUGGAAGUGACAUCCUGGAGUUAUAUUUACUUUUAUCUGUUGACAGGAAUAAUUGAAACACUGCAUGGUGGAAUUCAGCAGGUGGAAGGACUUGCAUUAGAUUGGCUAGCAGACAACAUCUAUUGGAUAGAUGCUGUUGGAAAGAAGCUUGAAGUUUCCAGAGCAGAUGGGCGUUUCCGUAAAGUCAUUAUUAGCAACCUCGACCGUCCAAGGGCCAUAGUCUUGGAUCCUGUGGCUGGGUACAUGUACUGGACAGACUGGGGAACCCAUGCGAAAAUAGAAAGGUCUUAUAUGACGGGGGCGGGUCGCGCUGCAAUUGUAUCAUCUGACCUUCAGUGGCCAAACGGAAUAGCCAUUGAUUUCGUUGCGCGAAAGUUAUACUGGACUGAUGCGGGUAAGGAUAGAAUUGAGAGGAGCAACUUGGAUGGAAGUUACAGACAGGUAAAUUGUGUUUAUCGCAUGUUACCUGUCUCUUAGUUCUACACAUGAACAAAGGGAGUGUUAAAGAAACUGUGAGGCGGCGUCGGGGCGGGAUUACAAGAUAAUUUGGUUGGUGAGAGUUGAUAAUAUAAGUCGGCUACUGUAGAGAGUUUUUUGGGCGGACUUUUCAAGCACCAGCCUUUCCUCUUUCGCUCUGACGAAGGUUAACGCGCAAAACGUGAGCUUUUAAAACUCUAUACAGUGGCCAAUUUACUUUAUUCACUCAGUUCGCAAAACGGAAUUACCUCAGUUCCACCCUCAACUUUCCACCAGGUUAUUUUGAAAAUAAUUAGUUUGCAUUCUUAUAUAACCCGUUCACCAUGUGCACGUUCAUUCUGUGGGAUGCCUUUGUCUGACCACGUUAAAAUUCGCUUGAGUGUCGUCUUACUCAGAUAUGGUAAUUAUCAACGUGGUUUUGCUCCUCAUUGAAAUUAAGCCCUAUUUAGCUGGGGUUGAUACGAAGAUGGGAGACCACACACAAUAUCCCGUGCUGCUGACUUUUUUUGUCGCGUUCACUUUUCGGAGGGAGGCCAGGAUUAAUUCAAAAUUGAUUUUACUAUUUUCCACGCAUGACCAGAGAGACUGAAAGUAACGACGCCUCCAGCCCUCUCUUUGAAAAACAUUUCGUCGAGAAUCCUUGUUUGAGAGGCAUACACGAUUAUGUGAAUCAUAAGGCCCCACAAGCUGCGGGCUGAGAGGAAAAAGUAAGAAAAAGAACGGACGAUGGUCAUAUGAUAAAACGCUUAUUGACUGAGUAAGUUCGGGCUGGACGGAAAAUAUUUAGCUAUCGGUCACGAGACCUUGAGUUAUGUUUUUCCCUGUCCUAUCCCCCUUUAGUCAUAACGUACGUAUUAUUUUGUAUAUAAAGAUAAACUGAAAGACCAUAAACAUUUCCGUGUUUCUUAGGUAAUAACCAGAAGGGGACUUCCCCAUCCGUACUCGAUAUCUGUGUUCAAAGAUUCAAUCUACUGGGAUGACUGGUCAACGCAGUCGAUUAAAAAGGCGAACAAACGAGACGGUGGUGCUCGGCAGACUAUCAAGUCGGGUGUGCGUGGUCUUAUGGACGUGAAAGUUUUCCACGAAGAUGCCCAGAUAGGUUAGUAAGGCUCGUCGUUUGUUGAUUUGAAAGGAAGCGUUCAGAUAUGGAACGAGUUAAAGUGCAGUUAACCGUUCAACUCCCAAGAUCUGGUUGUUAAUACUCCCCUCUAGCUGUUAUACCUUUCCUUGUAAAUUGGUUACGAGAAUUUGGUGUUAGAUCAAGAUAAUUUCUAUCUGAUAAGUUUAAGUAUUCUCAUUACAUAUUUGAUGGAUAAUGUUUGGAUAUUAUGAGGAGAAGUAACAUUUUAACCACUUUUGGGAGUGAAAGGGUUAAACUGAUAAAACGUCUUGUAUUAUGACCACUUAUUAGAACAUAUGGGAAACAACUGAAAUGUUUAAAAGCAGGUAUAGAAUUUAAGUAAUGUCGAUGUAUAAAUUUCCUGGUAGAACCCAUUUUGGAUCGUAUGAUGUAACGGUUUCCUUUAUAAUCACGAAAUGGCGCUUACAAAAUUCUCUACAAAAUAUCCCCACACUUAAUGCUCCAUUCCCAUUUAUGUCAACAAAAUUCGACCUAAAAGAUCAUUCUUAAUAAUUAUUAUCAUUUGUUACACCUGUGAAGUUUUAUUUCAACGAAUUGGGUAAUUCCUGGUCAAACCAUGACGUAGCUGGUCCUAAAGUUACUACAGUCCUCUUACUUUAGCAAGUGCUCAAGCCUCGAGAAACUGCUAUAUUUAUAUUUUUACCGAAAAAAUUUCUGGCGAUAGAAUUGAAUCAAUGUAAUCACUAUGGGGGGAACUGCAAACAUACCCCUCCCCUAACCCCACAACAAUCAACCAAUAAUAAGUUGGAGUUAAUUUUUAGGGAAGGGGUAGGUGUGUAGAUGAUUAGAUACUGAUAUUGAUCCAUAGAGUUCCUCUCUCUGGAGUGAAAGCUGACACUGAAUAUUUGGUUUUAAAUCGUCAGGUAACAACUCUUGCUCUCAGCUCAAACUCUGUAGUCACCUGUGCUUAGCAGUACCAAACAGCUAUGCUUGUGCAUGUCCCGAUAACAUGAGAACUGUGACAUCUGUGUCUGGAAUUGUGACGUGUGAAUGCCAAACCGGUGAAUACAUGGACAGUAACGGAGAGUGUACCACAAGAAGUGAGUACUUUGCCAUUACUGUGACAACGUUAUUUCGUAGGGAAGAUUUAGUCAGGCUCCCAGUCUUGCCUCCGUUAAAAGCUGUGUUUAGGAGUAUCAUGAAGGUACAUUGGGUCAACCUGUAAGUUAACUGGAUCGAAGCACUCUCAUUAAAAAUAUCGUAUUAGUUGUACCUAGAAAUACCCAAUAAUAGUUAAAUGUAAAUCCCUGGGAACUCGAUCUUCGAAACGUAAAACUUGAUUUACGAUUUUCGAAAACUUCGAGGAUCGAUAAUCUAUUAUCAAUCGAUUACACGUUGUUGUAUCAAUUCUUUGUAACUUUUGUAGCUGGCACUUGUGAUCCAAAUGAAUUCAAGUGUACCAACAGCAGAUGCAUCCCAUCCCACUGGAAGUGUGACCAUGACAAUGAUUGCGGAGACAAUUCUGAUGAACAAAAUUGCCGUAUGUGACACGCUUAGUUACUUUGAGAAUUUGCAUGAUAAGCUGAAUUAUACACGUAUUUUGAUUGGUUCUUAACCCUUUACCGCCUAACAUCAGUAUCCACAUUCUCCAUACUAUUCACCAUACAUCUCCCAAGGUGCUGACGAAGAGAAUUUGUUUAAUAAUCAAGAGCUGCAUUAGUUGGUGAUCAUUUCCUUAAUGUUUGAUUAAAGGGUGAUAUUGUAAGGAGAAAUUAGAUGCUAGUCACUCAUAGGGCUUAAAGGGUUAACUGUGGACAGACGCGUAGCUGAAUUCACCAUCAACCACAUUUUGCCCUUUUAUCAUUUGAAACAAGUAGAUCUGUAUGUUGCCGUGCGUCUGUCUAGUAAAAGAUCAUAGAACACGUCAAAAUUUGGCAAGAACAUCAGUGACUCACUCGACUGGGCUUCCUGUGCCAACUCUUUGUUCUUACCACAUUUUGACGUCAUCUGUGAUCUGUCACUGAACAGAAACACGCCAGCAUAGGAUCUUUUUGUGAAUUUGAACCUACUUAUUUCCAGUAUCUGCAUGACCAGCGGCUGUUUUGAUAAACCUUUUCACUUCCAGAAUUAGAUAUUUACCCUUACAAUAUUGAUGCACAUGUAUAUUGUCUAGCAGAAGGGUUACAAGAAGAAAGAAAAAUACCGACUUGAAGAUAAAGUUUGAUUGCACUCCGAAUUCUUAGCGGUAGAUUUGUGAGAAAUUUGUGAGACAGUAAGGAGAAUUGAUGUUGAGAUCUUCGGAGUUUAAGGGUUUUUUUCCCCAUUGAUCAUUUAAGGUACCACUGAGGAUUCAUAGUUUGCACUUUGAGUUUAAAGUCAAGGAAAUCCUAAACCUAAAAUAUUGCUUAACAAUACCUAAAUAGCUGGCAUUUGGUAAUGUUAAUCAUCAGCCAGCUCUUGUUACAAGUACAUCCUACCCCCCCUCCCCCCUGUGAAGGCAGGCCUUGCACCUUUGCUCACUGAUACCACAGUUAUGUAGCCUGCCAUUAGCUGAUGCUUCUAGAUUCACGGUGUCAUGUUCAGUAGGAAUCUAAAAGUUUACAUGGGUGCUGAGAGCGAUUGAUAGAAACGCUUCUGAAAAGUUAAAUCCCGACAGGUGGAUUACGAAAAAUAUUGAAUUGUGUAAAAGAUGCCAUCGGACUCGUGCUUCAAUUCCAGUAUUAUUCCCCCCUUGGCUUAUUAAAAAUUGAUGUUUUCCAUGAGUGAAGACUUCGUCUUUUCAAGUAAUAAUAAAUUCAUCUUGAUUGCUAUUUGAUUAUUUUCUUUGGAUGUUAAGUGGUUAGAUAAGCUAAUAAAAGCAUAUAAAUUUUGUUUUACAGCGUACGACACCUGCAGCUCGACACAGUUCACAUGUGACAAUGGCCGUUGUAUCUCGGCGUCCUGGAAGUGUGACCACGAUGAUGAUUGUCAUGAUAUGUCUGAUGAGAGAAACUGCCGUAAGAAUGACCCUUUUUUGAAAAAUAAUUUUAUGCUGGGAACUCUAUCUUUUACUGUACGCAAUUGCUUUGAAAUUUGCCUUGAUAUGUCUGAUGAGAAAAACUGCCAUAAGGCUGGCCUGAAAUUUUAAGUUAUAAGAAGAAAUGUUUACGCUGGCAACUUUUUCCAUUGCCGUAAUAAUAAUAAUAAUAAUAAUAAUAAUAGUAGUAGUAAUAAUAAUAAUAAUAGUAGUAAUAAUAAUAGCAAUAAUAAUAGCCAUUAGCUGAUGCUUAGUAAAUAAUAGUAAUAAUAAUGAUAAUAAUAGCCGUCAGUGCUUGCAUAGCGCUUAUCCAGUUCACUCUGGCCUUGCUUUGUCUGACGAAAGAAACCACCCAAGACUUACUUUUUGUGUUCAAAUUUAUUCGUUUCUAUGAAGUUUUAAAGCAGACACCUUUAUCCAAUUCUGAAAGAAAUUGGUUGUCAGUAAAAAGACUUCUGUACAUUUGGAGAUUGUAGUGUAUUAGGACUGGCAAAUGGCGAAAGUGAGAAAACUGGGAGCGAAUAUCAGUCCUGUUGGAAUAGUCCUCACUGUGAAGGGAAACUCACGGAAUGUUAGGUUAGCGAGAAAGGGAAAAUCAAAGAACGAUGGGAAUGAACCGAAGGCUUUACACCAUGGCAUCAGUAUGGAUAUUCUCCUUACUUUCCUUAUACAUUUCCUAUGCUGUCCACAAGGAGAAUUUGUCUUAAACAGUUACAGAGCUUCUUUAGUUGGUGAUCAUUAGGAUAAUACUGUAGGGAAAAAUUAGAUGCUAGUCACUCUUGGAGGUUGAAGAGUUUUGAGUGGAGGGUGAUGCCACGUAUUGCAAAAAAAGGAACCAAACCGCGGCUUGGCUGUCAUUCACCCCUGAGAGUGAUUAGCAUCUUAUUUUUCCUUUCAAUAUCACCCCAUGAGUCAAACAUUAAGGACACGAGAAUAAGGGAAGUGAUCACUUACUAAAGGAGCUCUUGAUUGUUAAACAAGUUCUCCUUGUCAGCACCUCAAAAAUUUACGGAGAGCAGUAUGGAGAAUAUGCCCACUAAGUUUUGGGUGUAUUGGGUUAGCAAGCUUGAGGACGUAAUGAUCAUUGUAACAGUAACUACACCUCGCAAUACAUUAUGACUAAUAUGAUUGUGCUUGGUAUAAUGUAAGUCAUUUCUACGUGUUUUAUCUCUCCUUUAUCCAGCGUAUCCUUCCUGUGGACCAGAUAAAUUUACAUGUGACAACAAACGCUGCAUUCCAAACCGUUGGCGUUGUGAUUUUGACGACGACUGCCGUGAUGGCUCUGAUGAACGGGGAUGUACGCCAGGUAGAAAUGCGUGGUGAAUUUUUUUUCCGAAAGAGAUAUUAUUUACCUUAGUUACCAGCAAACAUUACAGACAUAACUUUGUAAUGGGUCCACGCAUAGCUUGGGAUGCCAUAACGUUACCCUCUAAUAGUAAGCCUAGCUUACCCUAGAUUUCUAUGAAGCUUAAUGACACUGAGGUCAUCAGAGCACGGAAUCUGUAUGUCUAAGGUUCUAUUCCCCUUGAGUUCUCAAAAUUCUGUUCCCCGGUCGUGACAAGACUAAAAAGCAUCUUUCUUUGAUGCCUACUGCACGUUGUCAUCUGCGAUCACAAAGAAACACGAGGCAAAACUAUGUAUACUUACGCUCACCUUCAACAUCCUUCGAUAAAUCACCUUUCACAACGGUAUCUGACUUAGUGCUCAUUUACCAUGUUCAUUGCAUACGCUUCAGAACCUCACUGGUGAUUUGUUACUUGGGCGAACGAACCAGAAUUUUGACCGAAGCCGCCACGGUACUCCACAGUUAAUACAAUAUGGCUCUGUUCAAGUAAACCAAUUUAAGAGUCAGUUACAAUCUACAAUACAAAAAAGGAGGGUACCCCCUCCCUCCCUCCCCUCCCCCCCCCCUCCCCUUCCUCCCCUUCCUCCCCUCUCUUCCUCUCUCUUUCCCCAAAAAGAAACAAACAAAUUAAAAUAUUUGACCUUGAGAAGUAUGCAAGGUACUGCAACAUGGACAUGAUUGGCGGUGAAUCAUGCUUGUAUUUUUUGUUAAUAUACAUCCAUGUGAUUGUUUUCAGCACCAGUCACAACAGUAGGACCCGCAUCCUGCCAUUCAUCCCAGUUCGCUUGCAACAAUGGCCGAUGUAUUCCGAGCAGCUGGAAAUGUGAUGGCGAUCAAGACUGUGGAGACGGAUCCGACGAGCCAAGCAGCUGCAGCGGUAUGUCAACUAGAUUUCAAGCAUUGUUCCCUUCAUUUGCCGUACAAUUUAUUCCUUCCUUUCUUCACCUUAUCUAGUUCUCUUUUGUUUGUUUCGUCAUGUUGAAUCGUUAUUAAAUAAUCUUUAAUCGUUCGUCUGCCAAGGGUGCCUAGUGGCUUGAUGGUAACCGCGGGCGGGCGGGGUUGGAAGCAGGGUGAGGGUUGGCGUAGGUAACUGGCAAUGACAUCCUCUCGAAGAGGAGAAGUAUUGCUGCUAAUCACUGCGGCAGCUAUGCGAUUCAGUCGUUUAUGCAUGUUUCCGCAUUUCGGGCAGUGAGGUUGGAUGAGUCUGGGAAAAAAAAAGAUAUUGUACUUUACAGUCGAAGAAAUUUGGGGAAAUUAUUUUUCUGUAACAGUUACUUUUGUGAAUUACUCUUUUGAAGUAUCCGUUACAGAAGUCUUCCUAUUUCUAUUCAUUCCACAGCACGCACAUGCACCUCAACGCAGUUCUCUUGUUCAAAUGGACGUUGCAUCCCUCGUUCAUGGAAAUGUGAUGGGGAAAAUGACUGCGGGGAUGGUUCUGAUGAACAAGGCUGUACCUGUAAGUUCGCUGUAGAGUAAUUUUUGAUUGAUUAUCUAAAGCAAUCCGGUAUUCAAUUGGUUUUACCUUAUUUCGCUUGUUGAUUGUUCCAGAAAGCUCGUGCCAUUCGCUCAACUAAUCAGAUGCAAAACUAAAACCCAUCUCGCUUGGUCGCCCGCGAUUUUGUUCAUCCUGAGUUCUCUUUGGCUCUCUUGAGAUCCCGGUCUCUCGUACCAGUCUCUCCUCGAUCCAAAAUCAUUUCGUUCCAGGCUUUUUGGUUUCAAUUUUACUCUCUCUAGUUCUUAGCUCUUCUCGUUCUUAUCUCUCCUCGCCCAAAGCUCUCCCUCCCAAAAGUAAAAAGUAGUUAAAUUAAGUAAAUAGGAAAAGAGAUAGCUAAUACUGCCUGUUGCUUAUCCACAAUUUUUGCCGAGGAUCAAUUUGUCAGCACGUUUCUCGUAUCUUCUAUUCUUUUUUGUAGAUACAACUCGUCCACCCGUUUCUACAAUACCCUGGACCCCAUCUACGAACUGCAGCAGUUGGGAAUACCAGUGCAACAAUAGACAUUGUAUUUUCCAGUGGGAUGUCUGUGAUGGUGCCAAUGAUUGUGGAGAUAAUUCAGAUGAGUGGUACUGUGGUAUGUAUUUGGAUAGGAGAUCUCACACGGAAACUAAAGCAAAAUAGCGCUAUUAAAGGUCCCGUGGCUUAACAUGUUACUUUACAGCCAACCCUUUCGUAUGCAACCACACUAUGUGUGCUCGGUUCUGGAAAAAAUUGGAGGAAAUAAGUUAAUACAGUCAAACCUGCAUUGAGCGGGAAUGGGCGGGGUGACUCCUUAAUACAGGUUCCACAGAUGAGGGGUAUUAUAAACAACGAUAACGACGCCACUUUAUGGCAUGGUUGACCAUUUCAUGUACAGAAUCUCGCUCGAAAGUACCAGUUACUUUGAUAAUGGGAGAGGAGCAUCGAUUUACGAUUACUUGAGAGAUUAUUCUUAGUUUUGAGUGGUCGUGCUGUCGGUGACCGUUAGACUUAGGUGGAGGACAAUAAAAACAGGCCGUUGGGACUUAGUAAAGGGCGACCACGACCGCUUAAUAGAGGUGAAAUUGACAUUAAUUAGGGGAAACCGCUUUAUACGGUGCCGCGUAAUACAGGUUGGACUGUAAAUCGAACAAAAAGGAGCUAUAGUUUAAAAUUUAUCGCAUCCCUUCGACCACAAAAUAAUGCUUGAAGAAAUAUUUUGCAUCUCCGUAUGAAGGGUUAUGUCCAAACUCUGCAGAAUGCUACAUGAUGAUAUGCUUUUUAAUAACAUCUCAAUCAUCCCUAUUGGUAGGUACAACUCGAAGGCCUUCUGUAAAUACGACAACAUCACAUAGACCCUGCCAUUUCUGGGAAUUCACUUGUGAUAGUGGCCAAUGUAUUAACAAUGGAUACAAGUGCAAUGGGCGAGAUGACUGUGGGGAUAACAGUGAUGAAAGAGGAUGCUGUGAGUAGAACUUCCUCUCUUUCUAAAGUGAACCCACAUUGUUGUGUAGAAAAUCAAUGGUUUGCAUAGCGAAAUAGCUUUAAAGUUGUUCUCCCUGCUGACUCAUAAUCAGUUUCCAGAUCAUCCAGCUUUUCAUCUUAGUCUUAAAGUGUUGUAGAACUUCUUCGUGAAUUCUUUUCACUCGAAUCCUUGAAGUAACUAUAACUGGCGACUUAGUUACCCAAUCAACUUGAAACUCAAGAGGACAGUUUAAAAGCAUGAAGAUCACCGCCUCAUAGCGCUCUUUCACUGUGUUCCUCAAGAUCUUUGCUUUCGGAAAUUACCAGUUAAUGCACUCGGAACAUUUUCAUUUAUCAUUGUUGAAAUUGAAAUUACACAUCAAUCCCAAUGUUCAUGCGAAAGGAAAUAUUUAUUCAUAACUGCCAGUGCUCAAAAUUUUAUUCUUUCGCCAUAUUCUAGCUGCUCACGUAACAACAGUGGCGCCCUCCACUGCCCCGGCACCCUGUCCAAAUGGCUGGCUUCAUUGCGGACAAACACAGUUUGUAAUCUGCAUUAAAACGGAGUGGUUGUGUGAUGGACAACCUAAUUGUCCACAGAGUUGGGAUGAAAGGCCAGAGAAUUGCCCAAGUAUGAUUUAAAAUUUUUUCGUUAUACGUUAAUUUAGUAGUUUUUCUUGUCCUAAACAGUUUGUUCUCCGGCGAUCUGAAUUUACCAUCCUAUUGGACGUCGUAUAUUUAAUCACACUACGGAUAACUUGUCUCGUCAGUGCUGAUUCUUCAGCUUUUUGUUGGAUUUUUGUUCCUUUCCCAUAUGUUUCUUAAAUGUUGCUCUUUCUUUUCUCUCAGUUAUCUUUUCUUGUAAGAUAAAUUUUUGUAUCCCUUCACUUUUUUCAGUCUACAACAAGCAUCCUAUCAAAUGCGUUCAAUGAUAUUUCCUUUUGAGGUAGCCAACAUAUUACCAUUUUUGUCAUUGCAUAAAGUUCCCGGACGAAUUUCCUUUGCCAUUUGAAGAUCUCCUCAAAUUGCCCUGUUUGUUCAAUGUCCUGUUAGAAAAAAGUUUUUUUUUUUAGUUGGUGAAACGUACCCUAACAUACCCACUCACUAACUGAAAUUGUUCUCAUUACUUUACUCAAAGAAACUACCAGAGUACCCAUCACGUGCUCAAGUGACCAGUAUCAAUGUACUAAUGGCGGUUGUCUUCCCCGCUCUUUUGUGUGUGAUGGAAGGGAUCAGUGUGGUGAUGGUUCAGAUGAGGCCGGCUGUGGUAAGAAGAAGGAUACAACACAUUUUGUCUCCCUCAAUAUGUUGUAAUGAAUUGGUGCUGAAAUGUGGCAUGGUCAUUUGUGUCUCCACCAGAAGGUCCCUUUGGGUGGGAUGGGUGAUGAUAGGGGAAUGAAAAGUUUUAAUUUGAUUAAACAGAACCUGAUUUUUUAUUCGAGGAUUGUAUCGUCGUGGGGAGACCUUAAGUGAGACUCGUUUCCAACUUAAGCUGGAAAAUAGUUGAGCAGAGAAUGAAGUUAUUGGCCAAAUUGAAGUGAAGACUUGGCAACAUUUUCUGAUCUUGUACCUUGUUAAAAAACUAUAAUUGUGACUUGUUUGUUUUGCGUUAUGUUCUUCUGACGCGCCUCUCUCUCGAAUGAUGGUGAAAUCAUAGUAAAGUAAUCUCAACAACCAAUCAGAACAAAAGAAAGGAUCACGCGGAGCCAGUAAGAAUUCAAAUUAAACACAUGAAGAUAGCCUGAUGCGUGGGAAAAUAGGUGUUCACUUAGCGAUUGGUUUUAGUACUCCAUCUGUUUGGUUUAGAAGGUGGAGCAGUCCUACAGACGAACCACGGAAUCAGAGCUCAAAAACGUUAAAAAACAGCAGCAAUACUAUAGUAAAAUGGCAGCAUGUUGGAAAAACCCAAAAUUGACACGGUUUUUUCCCCUUAGGUUAAGACGUAGAAAGUAGAAAAGUUAAGCUUUCAAAUAUUUCUGCAGACCGUCUUACUGCAGGGGUUUUAAAAAUCUUUUUAACACCAUAAUUUCAUCCUUGAAGACCACUCACCGAAACUUCUGUGGUCCUAUCGCAAAUACGGAUUUCGGGCAGGGUGAUGCUAGCGAUUGUUCUCCAUCUUGAGCUUUCCAAAUAAAUUGGCGCCGCGUUAAUAAAUGUGUCACUAUGCUGUUAUUUUGGAUAUUCUCUAGGAACUUGCUCAGGCUUCUGGUGCGACAAAACCCAGUGUUUACCUGUUUCACGGAGGUGUGAUCACAUCCCGGAUUGCCUCGAUGGUAGUGAUGAGAGGAACUGCAGUGAGUACCCAUUAUAAUUUCUGACUUGUUGUCGUAUCGUCUUUGUGUAAUCUAGAGGUCGAAAGUUUUGGCAGGCGAUAAGAAUGAAAAAGAACUAAAACAAAACAAAUCAAAAGCAAAAUAGCAAUUUAGCAAGCAACCAAACAAACAAAUAAUCAAGGAAAAAGAUAAUGAUCAGUUUGAAGAAAGAGAAACAAUAAAACAACUAGAAAACGUUUUUAUCGUUCAUGGUUUUUGCAAAUAAUUAUCGAAAACGGAUUUUCUCUACAAGUCAAGAGAGUCGUAGAACAAUUGUUGCAACAUUUGAUUACUGAAUUUUUUAUUGAAUGCGUUGCCAACUGACCUUUAAAUGGUUUGCUGAAAACUUGGCGAGAGUAUCAUUUUUCGGAUUAGCGUUUUUUCUCUCCUUUAUUUUCUUGUUUAUAUCGUAUUUAGUGCGAUUUGCUUUUUUGGUUCAAGAUAUCACAUGGGAACUUAUAUUUGCGCUUUUAUGAUGAAGUAGCGGAACAUCGAUAAAGAGACAAAUGUAAUAUGCCUACUCGUUGAGUCACCGCACAAUCUAUCUUUAUUGAACCUUACUGAUCAAAAGGGCUGAAUCGAUGACAAAAUCAAAUAAGAAGCCCCAACAUCCCAUUGCCAUCCCCCUGGAAUUUUCAUACUUCACGGUGGACUGCUAGCAAACCAAUCAAAUAGACAUCGGAAAAAAAAAAGUUUUUAUCAAGUCAGUAACCUUGUGUCUGGGUUUUUAUGUUUUUCGUUAGGUACCAAUUUGCAAGUUAAAGGCGUUCAAGUAAGUACUCUCUCUGCAACAAGAGUUCAUAUAACGUGGCGCCCAAUUUCUUACCAGCCCCCUGGAAUGACUUUUACUGGGUACAGGGUCUCUUACCGGUGAGUGAACAAGAAGUAAAUUAUUUGAAUGUUAUGCUGUACAGGGCUGCCAACUGGUUUGAAACUAGAAGACAUACAAGACAUAGUAGGCAGCCAGAGGAUUGCACAUAAGAUUGGGAACUAUUCAGUUUAAAUGUACCAGGCGUUCCGCGACGUUCGCACAAACCUAUGUGCAAAUUUUGAACAUGGAGUUUAUUCUACUAUCUAAAGCUGUGACUAGUAAAUUAUACAUUCAAUUUCAUUGUAACGGGCAAUGGGCUGCAGUGCAAAUUUCUUUGACGGUAUUUACAAUUUUUCAUCAGAAUUUAAAACUGAAAACUAGUACACUGAAGUGAAAGUAGGCAGUUUCCGGUUCUUUUUGGGAGCUGUGGGUAAAACUUGUAAUGUGUCGCAGAGGAAAACGUGUAUCUUUUGCCAGACUUAAAACUUACCUCUUCCUUUGUGGAUGUUUUCCCUAUUAGAGCUGUCAGACUACACUCUGUGCCCGUGUCAGGGAGCUGGCAGCAAGAGGAAUCCCCAAACGUCAACUAUCAUGUCAUCGGAUUUCUACAGCCGUGCUCAGAAUAUGAAUUCAAGGUUCAGCUCCUUGUGAGCGGAGCUCAACCAGGGCCAUACUCUUCGACCGUGAAAACGACAACUAAAUCUAUUAGUGAGUGGUAUUAGUGCUCGUUAAGCGUGUGAUCGUUUCAUGGUUGCUCAGCUGCUUUAAGUAAUGUAGAUACAUUCAACUAACUGAUACCAACUAAUCAAUACUGUCUGAAUAGAGCGGCUCUCCCAGUGAGGGAAGUGGUGAGGUGGAAGGCAGGGUGGGGGAGGGGGGUGGAGUGAACCUAAGACCCUUCAUGCAACUGCAGUAGAAAGGUCCGGGGUCUGUUCACUGGUGUGGUGUGUGACUUUGCGUGAAAGUAAUCAAGAAUGAGAUCAGCGAUUUGUGCAAACUGCUUGGAUGAGGUUGGCUGUGUCAACUUCAUUCGAUGCACAAUUGACGGCUGUCAUUGCUUGUUUUUUUCUAGGAACCAGUAAACCACAGCAUGUGCGACUUUUGUUGGCACCUGACGAUUCGUUGCAAGUUUCUUGGGAUCCUCCAACCACUUAUUGUCACCUUAUUACGAACUAUGAGGUAAAACAAUCGGAAAAGGAAUUGUGUGUUCAUUGAGGAAUUAAAGAUUUUGAUGUUCAAAUUGACAAAUUAUGUUUUUUAAAUAGAUAGAUAUAUUUAUUCAAUGAUUAAUUGAUUGAUAAAUUAUUUGAGUGAUGGAUUAAUUGACUGAUGGAUUAAUUGACUGAUCGAUCGAUUGACUGAUUGAUUGAUUGAUCGAUUGACGGAUUGAUUGAUUUAUAGAUUGAUUAUUGAUCAAUUAAUUAUAGAUAGAUUGAUCGACAGAGUGAUUGAUUUAUUAAUUGAUAGAUUGAUGAUUGAUCAAUUGGUUGAUUGAUUGAUUGAUUGACUGAUUAAUUGACAGAUUAAUUAAUCGAUUGAUCGAUAGAUUGACUAUAGAUAAAUUAAUUGAUUGACGGAUUGGUUGACUGUUAUUCAUUUUAUUUACAGGUUGCAUACAAGAUGACCAGUGAAGCUGAUUUCCAUACCAAAGAAACUGGCAAUGUCUAUUCGCUUUCCCUUAAUCUUACACAGGGAGUUCAUUAUAGCAUUAAGGUGAGGAAAUGGGUGUUAGUUCUUUCUUUACCUUUAAACUCCCACGAGUGACCAAGACAUAGUUUCUCCUCACAACGUUAAUAUGAUAUCAAGCAUACAAGUAAUGAGACUAAAGAAAACUAAUAACUAGGGAAUUGCUGGUGUAAUGCCAAAUUCUUCGAACUAACACCUUGCAGACUGUAAGGAGAAUUAUCAGUGAAAUCUUGAGAUUGAGAGGGUUAAGCGAUAAGGCAUUCUCAACAAAUGUAUUACAGACCUGUUCCGUGAGUGGCUGGUAAAGACCAACUCAUGUUCAAACGAUACUGAGAAUUUAAAUAUGAGUAGAGAACAAUUGUUUCCUUUGUAUGUUUAUAUUACUGGGAUUAUCCUCUCUGUUUUCUGGAUUUGAAAAUGGUUAAAUUGUAUUUUCGUCCGCACUAUGAUUCGUUUAUGCGGAGAAAAGUGGCGUAACGGUGUUGUUUUGAUAUACCACCAAAUUAUUUGUCACGAAGAAUUACAUGGAAAUGUUUUUAAGCUAAACGAGAGAAUUGGGCACCAGACCUUGAAUGUUAAAGAAUUGAAAUAAAUAAAAGUGCGUUUAAUUUUGUUUUUCAAAGGUGAAAGCUUUCACCGGAGACAAGGGUGGUGAUGGUGAUGGUGAAUAUUCCAAGGUGCAACCUGUGUAUAUUCCAACUGUAGUUCAAAAACCGACAGGUAUGAUUGGCUUCUUGUUAAGCCAUUAACCUUUCAUUUUCCCCUCUAUUUGCGUUUUUUGUCCCUAUGAAACUGAGUAGUAGUUCGAUGCGUCUACCGUUUCUGACGGUGCGACAUCUUCCCCUCCGCUUAAUAUGUGAAUAUAAUACUGAGUUCGUGUUGUUGCUGGCGGGAUUUCCUAGCUGAGAGGACGUAGAAAUGCACGUGCUAAGGUAUUGUUUUGUCUAUUGUAUUGUAUCUUUUGUUUCGCUGCGUUCUCGUCGCCGCCGUCGUCGUCGUCGUGGUUUUCUGAAAGUCCCUAGUGUUGAUGGAUGGGCGACGCUAAGAAGGAAAACGGCAACAUUUCCGCCAUUUUGCGCCUACCCGCUCUUUUGCUUGUCUCCAUUGACAUAGAACCUGCCACAGGUUACCCAGCUAUCCGAACUUGUAUUCUGUUAGAUUGCUGACAGCAGCUCUCGGUUAGGCGGACCUUUUUGGGCAGUUCAGCUCAAUAAGCAUUUCUGCAUGAAAUUGUCGGUAAUAUUAACAAUAAGAAAAUAUUUCUACUGGGCGGUGAAACUAAUCUGCGAUUGCAUCGGUUUUUCUUUACUUCGUUGCUUUGCGAGAAAAAAAAAACUCUUGCUUCUUUCAAAACCUAUCGGAUGCAUUAUCUAAGACCAUUGGCGGCUGGUAAUUCGUUAUUUCCUUAGCCUUGAGCCAGUAGUAUGCAUGCAAGACCAACUCUUUUCUAUCGUAUUUCAGCGCCAGUAAAGAAACCGCAUUACACAUUUCUGAAUGACACUGCAGUGACACUCGUCUGGGGAAGUCCUACACAUCCUGUGCGGGUAUUUAUCAUAUGAAUGAUAUAAAGGAAAUGAGUUCACGAUGUUUGGUCACCAGAGACCAAAAUGUUACUUCUCAGUCAGUACUUCUUUCUCACCAAUCCCGCCACAAUUAAAUGCCGCGAGGUGGGACCAAGAAAAAAUAAUCGGCGUCUCUGAAAGGAAUCGAACCAACGACUUCUGGAUUAACAAAGUCUCCUUACCCCACCAGUCAGCUCCAGAGACUUUACCACACGCCCCACAACCAGACACGUGACUCUUCUACAUUCCUCCCCACUUCACUCUGCUUGGAUUAUUGAUGGGUACUGGAAAUUGCCAGGGCAACUUGACGAAGGGUUCGAUGUUAACAAAUUGGACCUGGGAUAUUUGUAUGAAAAAUUAAUCCCCUCAUUUGCUACUGCAAAACACUGUGUGGUAUUAGUCAUUUGCAAGGGGCUCUCUGAAGAGUGUCUUAUUGGGCCCAAGUCUGAGAGGCCUUAUUCAUUACGCGAAGAUGGACGGCGUUUUCUCCUUUUCAUUUAUUUAUCUGUUUAUAUUUUUCUAGGGUUAUAAAGUGUAUGAGUUGACCACCGAUGGCUCGAUUCUCCUCGUUACGACGACUCAACAUAGUUACACUGUUUAUUCACUGCUCUCGCAUAGCACAUAUUCAUUUGUAAUAAAACCUUACAAUAAAGCUGGUGAAGGUCCUCCUGCGACAGUAGAAGUAACGACUAAUGGAGGUAAGUCUGAGGUGGCGGGUAUGGUUGCUGUAACUUUUUGCUGGACAAAAAGAGGGUGGGUUGCGAUUUAAAUGGCUAGGAUGUAAUGAUAAUAGCCCUCUGUUUUUGCCUUCCGCCGACUGAUCGCUGAAGGGCUGGUGACAAAUCAAAAAUCAAGGGAUGUUCCUUCCUAGCCCCACCUCAUUUGCCUCGCGCUCUUCGCUUGCGUCCCGAAUGGUUUUGCGUUCGUCCUCUGCUUUCUCCUCAUUUCCCCGUGAACUUGUCAAGAGAAUUUGUCUUUUUAUCGGGUCAAUGCCAUGUGGCUGUAUAAGUAAGUGUCAUAUGUUCAUCCCUUUGCUUAACAAUGGAUUGACUCUAGGGAGCAGAAGGAUGAAUCCUUAACACCCCAGCGACAGAGGGUACAUUCUCCAUACUCUUCUCGGCGCAUUUUCUAUGUUACUGAUAGGAAUGCUUUGUUCAGGAAUCAAGAGGCUCUUUAGGUGCUGAUUAUUUUCUCCAUUCUCAUGAUGUUUGAUUCAGUAGUGGUACUGUGAGGGGAAAAUUAAAUGUUAAUCACGUUUAGGAUGUAACCCUUAACUCCCUGAGAGGGGCUUAUUUCUCCUUACGGCAUCACUGCUGAAUCACACAUUAAGGUUAUGAGAAUUAAGGAAAUAAUCACCAUCUAAAGAAGCUGUUGAUUGUUAAACAAAUUCUCUUGGUCAGUUCCAUAGCAAAUGUAUAAAACAGAGUGGAAAAUUCGCAUACUGAUGUAAGAUGUAAAGAGGUAAAGGUUUGAGAAAAGGGAAGCUGUUCCUUCGUUGUGUUGUCAACUAGCUGCAGAAUUCCUAGCUUGUCACGCUCACGACUAGAAUCAGGCACCAUCAAUAUUAACCUUUUUACUAACCGAGCACGAGGGCUGCACUGGGGAAUAUUGGCCCAAGGUCGUGGCAGCUUGGAUUGAGCACCGACAGGUCCGUAUAAGAACGACCGAGGGCCAAUAUUUCCAACUACGGCUCGAGCAAGCGAGGCGAGAAGGUAUUUUGAACGUGCCGGCUUCUGUGAACAAAAAUUCACGGCUUGUGACCGUCUCCUUGGAAACGGUCCGUAUGGUAAAAUCCCGACCAAGUAAGAACCAAUCAGAACGCCCGAUUUACCUCAGGACUGCCUUGCCAUAUAAUGAUAUUUCUUUCCUUUCCUUGAUUAGGGAACCCUCCAAGAGAUGUAAAGGCGACUCCGUUCAACGACACAAGCAUUACUCUGUCUUGGAAUGCACCACGGGGACACAGUCCGGGUGUGGUUAGUUACAAUAACUUUUUUGGAUCCCAAAUAGGAGCUUAGUAAUCUCUCUGUUCAGUUGUUGCAUCGCUUAUACCAUAGCGUGGUAAUUAUUGCACUUAGGACGAACUUUUAGACUAAUCAUAUAUUCUUACAAAGAAAUAAAAAAAAGCGGCACACGAGCGUUGGACUAGUGCAUCACUUAUGAUCAAACUUCAUGUUCGCGUCUUCUAUGAUCUUUAUCUCUGGAACAUACAAGUCAAAUUUGCAUUUGUAAGUUGGAAAUAGUGACUUAAACUCUAACUCAAACUCUAACUCUAACUCUAACUAAAUUGUAAACUUCUAACUCUCACGAGUGACCAAGUCAGACUUUCUCCUUAAAAUAUCAAUACAAUACCAAGCAGACUAGUCAUGAGAAUAAAGAAAAAUAUCAAUCAGGGAAUUAUUGGUUGAUUCGAUUCCAAAUGCUCCAAACUGACAUCAUAUGAAUUUCAUAGCAGACAGUAAGGAGAAUUACUAAUGAGAUCUUAGGAGUUGAAGGGUUGAGCAGCUGAUAUCAUUAUACCUGCUCUAAACUGACGUCUGCUCUCAUAAAAUAAAGAGCCAUUUCAUUUACACGAGGUCUAACCCAAGGGGAUUAUUAGUUGAUUCAAUACCAAAUUCUUCAUUCUAGUAUAACAGGAGUUGUAUGACAGACAGUAAGGAGAAUCCCAAGGAGAUCUUUGAAGUGAAAUGGUUUAUGCUUUGGAGCUUGAGCAGACAAUCGCAAAAAACUACUUCCUAAAUGAAAUUUAGGCCAUUUUGUUCUUAAACAAACAAAAAGUACAGGUCAAUGUCAGUAUUUCAGCAACUGCGUACCUACCCCUCCCUUAGCCCAACUACAGUCAACUGAUAACAAGUCGGGGCUUAUUAUUAGGCAGGGGAGGGGUGGGGUGCGCAGUUGCUCAGAUACUAAAAUUGAUCUAAAAUGCAGCAGAUAAAAAAAACAAAAACCAAAAACAAAAUAAAACAAAUAAUCGCCAUGGACGAAAUAAAACUGCAGAAAAAUGUUCUUACUCAGCCAAAACUGUCUUGACCAUUUCUUCCGAAGAUAAGUAUGUGAAAAUGUCUCCAGUUAUUGCAAAAACUAAAGAAAUAAGUAAAAUUUACAUUGACAUUUUUUUUGGUGUUAAGUCUCAUUUCCCAUAAUGCUUUUUACAUUUUCCACUCCACAGAGAUACUACAUUUUCUACGGACGGGUGACCACUGGAGUCAGUUCAUGGCCUGUGGGCUCCACAACGACUCUUAGAUAUGUAGUGAACAACUUGCAGCCGGAAAUUGUCUACGUGUUUGAGGUGUCAGUGGGCUUGUUUGGAAAGCACAGUGUAGCAGCAAACUCUCGAACGAAAACUAGUGCGUAAUUGUUCCAUUAACAGCUCUAUAGAGUCGAUUUAACCUUUUCAUAAUCCAUCAUUCCUUUUUUGUUUUCAUUAUAAGUACAUUGGGUGCCGAUUUCUCGCCUUUACUCAUUGGUAAGGCGUUUUCAACAUUGCUGAUAUUGUUAUAUCCAGAGAUGUGACGUCGGAGGUUGUCUAUCGUCACAAAUUUUGCUUGAAUGUUCCAAGUCUCUAAUAUACCAUCUUUUUUUUUUUUAGCUUUCCAUCCUUGGCCAAAUUUGAUCAUUCUUACUUUAUUUUUUCCUCAUCCUUGUGUUUUAUCUUGAUGAACCAAUAUGUUUUAGUCUCAGCAGGUCGAAUACGGUUUUCAUUUUCCUUUCGGCCAUGUCACACAACGUCACCCCCACCCCACCCCUCCCCACCCUCCUAAGUAGCUUGUUACUUUACGAAACAAGGUACAGCUGCGGACGAAAUCGAGGAUAAGUUGUAACGUCACAAAAAACACAUGUAAUUUCUUGACGUAACACUGAUAGUGAUCUAACAAACUUACCGUUAUAAUUCACCAGACGCUGUCCACAGUCUUCAAGCUCGCCUUGUCAACUCCAGUAGUGUGGUUCUUACUUGGGAGGUACCAGUGAAUGUGGGUGUUAGUAAAAUUACUGUAAGUACUAGUCCCUCUCACUUUAGUAAAACUUCCAGGCAACCCUGUUGAUUAUAAAAAAAUGACUUUCGUGGUCAAAACUGUAGGGAAGUUUUGAUCUAUAGAUGCUGUAACUCCUCUGCGCAAGUGUUUUUUUUUUUCUUAGUUUCUUCAUCUUUACCAGCAUCCCCUGCAAUCCUUGUGAUCCAUCUUGCACAUUCCAGCACUCUUUUGCACUACUUAGCGAGAAAGAGGGAGGGAAUUAUAUUUUAACAGACUAAUGUGUCGGGAGUAUUACGAUAUUGUUCGCCCUACCAAACUAAACAUCAACCCUUUGUUAGCCUGUGUAGCACAUCUGAAUGAACAUUGAAAUUACAGAUUGCCGAUCAACACUUUUGAGAUGGGAGAACUUCUAUCAGAUAAUUAUCAAAAAUAGGAAGCGUUUUGGUGUCUCAAAUUUAUUAUUGAGUCAACCGAACUGUAGUGUAAUUUAUUACUGUUGAGUACAGCACCCAGCUUUUCUAAGUAGCUAUAUAGAAUAAUGAGUGAUUUUCUUUUUUCCUUAGUUUGUCUUGUUUUGUUUUCCAGGGAUACCAAGUGACGAGGACGUACAGGGAGGAGUCUGGUACUAACACUGAUACUCGAUCCACCAACCAAACUACUUAUGAAUUCAGAUAUCUCCCUUUUGAUACCAUCGUCACUUUUGAAGUGAAAGUCAAAUACGGCAACCGACUUGGCACGGGUAUAAGCACCACCAAAAAAACUAACCCAUUCACGGCAUCUGUUAGGCCAUUGAGGAUACGAGUCGUAAACGACGUUGUUGAACUGUUCUGGUCUGCACCAAGAACGAUCAGUAAUAGUGCUCUAAAGGUAAUAAGCUGCUGUUCUUAACUCCAUGUUAGAACAACCCGAUCUGGGAGAUAAGUGUACCAGUUACACUGACGAGUUUUAUUCAGUCCAUGACAAGUUGAACUCUGUUAAAUGUAAUAGUACCAAAACAGGUGUGAUUUUGGAAAAGGGACUUUUGGGAAACAUUUUUCAUAAUUUUCAUAUCGACUGUUUAGGGAAAAAAAAUCAAGUGAUGUACAUCUCUGAUGACAUGAUUCUCGCUGCUUUGAAUGAUGAUUUUCUUCUUAACUUUGCCUUGUUUUCUCUUUUCGGUAUGAGGAGUAUUUUUCCUCGUGGUAAAUUGUUUCAUUCGCUAUUGUAGACAAAGUCUCGUUGUUAGAACAACCCGAUCUUGGUGAUAUAUGUACCAGUUACACCGACGAGUUUUUCAGUCCAUGACAAGUUUAACUCUGAUAAAUGCAAUAGUACCAAAACAGGUGUGAUUUUGGAAAAGGGAUUUUUGGGAAACAUUUUUCAUAAUUUUCAUAUCGAUCGUUUGGGGAAAAAGUCAAGUGAUGUACAUCUCUGAUGACAUUAGCCUCGCUGCUUUGAAAUUAUGAUUUUCUUCUUAACUUUGCUUUGUUUUCUCUUUUCGGUAUGAGGAGUAUUUUUCCUCAUGAUAAAUUGUCGUUGUUGACAAAGUCUUGUUUUAGCAGCCAAAUUACUACACUCCAUCGAUAUGCUUUGCUUUGAGGGAGGGACAGGAACUAAUUACGUAGACCCAACCUUUGGCUCCGGUCAGAGUCUUACGGGAAGCAAAUUGACCUUAGCCCAGCUCCCUCUUUGACAGAUAAGAGCUUUUUUUCCAUCUCCUGUCUCUUUCUUAAUGACACUGGGUUAUUCGUUUAUUAAUUAUUUUGUUUGUUUUGUUUUGUGAAGUACUAUCAGGCGAAUUGGACGUGCCCCUCGUGUGUUACGAAGCAUGGUACAAAAACGGUUGCUACAACUUCGUGCGUGUUUAAACAGUUGGAGCACUCCCGAAAAUACACAUUCUCUGUAAAAGCAGUGACUAAAUUUGGCGUUGGGGAAGCCUCGAUUGUUACGGCCACAAUAACCCGAAACUUUGGUGCCGUUGGCAGGUUGAGACAGUUUGUGUCGGGAAACAAUUUAACACUUGAUUGGGAUGUGCCAUCUGACGUGGAAAAGAAAGAUGUUCAGGUACGGGUCGUUCAAAACAAGAUUUAAAGGUGGUUUAUAUAUAGGUUCACUGCAGUAGUAAUUUCAUAAUAGUGAUAAUAAAAAUGAUCAAAGUGCUCUGUGAGCAAGCUCGUGAAUUGACAGAUGACUUACAUGAUUUUUUGGAAUAUGUUUAAUGUUAUCUUAUUUUAGGCAAAUUUGUGGUUGAUUGACAUAUUUAGAGUACGAGCAUUAGUUCAGUGUUCGCCUAUGUAGCAUAGAAACAAAGUAACAUUGGGAUAAGAAGGCAUUACAAUUGAAAUGAUCAUGCUAUUACAUUUGACAAGGGUGGAUGAUGUCAUGUGUUUUAAACGUAUAUCAUUUCUGUUUCUGGUCCAAAAGAAAAGGUUGGAAGUAAAUGUGAGUGAAAAGUGAAAUUUACUGUCUAUCAUCGUAAAUAUUGGAAAAUCAAGGCAAUACUGUCUUAAUGAAAACAUGAAUGAUUCCCUCUUUAUCUAAUGAGACAAACGGGAACGAGUUUUGAGUGAUAUAACAAAGCCCAGACUGCCACCGUCAUUUUGGAUUUCCGCCUGGGUAGAUUUUGGUCACGUGCUAGGCAACGUAUAAUCAAGAAUAAGAUAGAAUUUCAUUUCAGGCCUAUUAAUCAAUUUUGUGGUGUUUAACUUUCGCAUUUUAGUACGUGAUAUUUAUUUUGAAUCUUCAAAUUGUCUUGAAACUUUGAAAGAAAAUUGUUCUUUAAAAAUUCACUGAAAAUCAGUAGCCAAAAUUAUUUGUUUAGGUGUUAUUUUACUUUCGUGUUAACCUGUAAUUUCGUCUGUCGCUGGCACCUCUUAUUGCUUCAUACAGAAAAAACACACGAUACGAAAUGUAACGAUCGAUUUUGUCCUCAAUCUCACGCCAUCACAGAAAAAGCUUUUGAACGCUUGUAAACUCGGAGCGCUUCGUAGUAAGUGAUAUUUCUAAUGAAUCUUCUGAUUGUUUUCAAGUUCAAGGAUUGUAAAUCAUAAUUUUAUGAAAAACGAAGGUUGUUCUCUUAUUUCAGUGUGAAUCCUCACACACGCCUGCUAGUCGCUGGCGCCGCUUGUUGAAACGAAAACGAAAAAAAAUAAACUCUUCUAAGAUUAUCAUUGGCUUAUUUUUCACCCCACCACUAUUCUUAGCAACAAAGGUCGCAAUUUCGUUUGUUUAUUACUCGCCAAAAGCCUAAAAUCGAAAAAAAAAGUUUACAGGAAUCGAGUGAGCGAGCGAGUGCCAUUCUCCACAUCAUAUCUACAACUCGCUCACGCGCAUGCGCGCAAUUCACGAGUUAAAAAUUAUAUUGACGAUGACGAUGGUGAUGAAGAUGACGAUGGCUAUGGCGAUGACGACGAUGACGAUGGCGAUAACGAUGACGAUGGCGAUGACGAUGAUGAUGACGACGAUGACGGUAGCGAGGACGACGAUGACAAUGGCGAUGACGACGAUGAUGAUGACGACGAUGGCGAUGAUGAUGAUGAUAUUGAUGUUGAUGAUGAUGAUGAUAAUAGUAGUAACAUUAAAUGAUGAUAAAUUAAAAAUGACAUUUUAUAACUGAUAUACACUGCAAAUAAUCUAACUGCUAACACCCUUUUGGUAAAACUUAUUAAAGCCUUUCACAACUCUUAAAAUUUAGCUAUACGUACACCCACAAACAGAAAAAAGAAAAGUGAAACUACUUCUAGCUGAAAAACUUGGAAGUCUUCAAGUGAACAAUCGAUUGAUUGGUCAAUGUUUCAUUUUUUGAUUUGCAUUAUUUUUUUUUGCGUAAUGCCUUUAAGUGAGGUUUUAAAUGAAAAAUAAAAACUAUGUAUUCCUUUUUAUUUCUGGAUUAGCGCCAUCGUCUCCGGUAAAAACAGCCCAGUUGUUAAGAGAGCUCUGUCGCUUAUUCUAUGACAGAAUUUUAGUACAGGUUCUUGUAAUUUGCGCAAUGAUAACAGCCUUUCAGUCUUUUUGGCUAGUAGUUUUUCUUAAAAUAGGAUCAAUCCCUAUUGAAACCUCUCGUAGUGUCCACGCUAAAUAGGAUUUUGGUACAUGUGUCCCUUUGAUUUUGAACGCUAGCUGUUGUCGCGGAAAGUUCAUAGGGCGAAGUGCGACUGACCAUUCUUCUUAGAUACUGCUCUGUCUAUGUUUUACAGGUCUAUCAAAUCAGCUGGUGUGGAACCGGACACUACCGAUAUUGCUGGCGUACCAACUCAACUAAUACCACGGGUAAUGCAACUCAGUUCAUGACACAGGUGCUCGCUGGCUACACGUACACUUUUUAUGUUCAAGCUUACACAGCCUAUGGAAAAGGUAUAGCGUCCAGCAUUCAAGUUAUAGUGCCACCUCUUAGUCUGGAAGUGUGGUAUGGUCGCGGAACGCGGACGGGCGGCAAUUACGGAUUAGAAGUAUAUCUGAACUGGACGCGGCCAUGGUCGAGUAGGCCUGGAGACAACAUAGUGAGUGCAUGCUUUGUUCUUUGUUUUCGCUUUUGGUUCCUUUGGUUUUGGAUUAUAAUUAUCGUUGUUUAUCACUAUUAAGAUGAUGGUUGCUGGGAAUGCCUCCAUUAGCAGUAAAAGUUUAGUACAAGGUACUACUCACAAGUUUUUAAACACGACCGAUUUAUUCCCUCACUUCUUUGCAAACUCACGAUUAAAUUAAAUACGCAUGAUUGCGCUAACAUGCCCCAAUCUGUCAAUCUAAAAUCUUAUCUAUUCUCAGCCCCGGUCUCCUACAUGAUUAAGAUUGUAAUCAGUAUCGUUUGACGAACGCUUGUACUGUAUUUAUUGUGUUGGUUGUGAGUUUUUCUCUUUUUCCACGUUUUGCAACGUCUUAUCGAGAGACACAUGGAAUCAACACUUUAGUGCUUCUGCGAUAGUUGGUGUGCGCUUAUGUCUGCUUCUUAACCCUGUGACCCCUAAAAGAGGAUAGUAUAUAAUUUUUCCUUGCAUUAUCACUCGUGAAUCAAGCAUUAAUGUCACGAUAAUAAAGGAAAUUAUCAAAACUAAAGCCCUUAAGAAAAUGUAUCGAGGAGAGUAUGGAUGGAAGGGUGUAACGGGUUAACAAAACCAGUGAGGAAAUGCAACAGUCUUACUCCUCUCUCUUUCUGUUUUAUCCGAUAGCAAUAUGAAGUGGAGUGGCGCUGCUCAUCAGGAUCAGGAAUGGCCUACUGUUAUUGGUGGAACAGCAUCGUUGUGAAUACAACCUCCGCAAAGCUGAAUAUGACAUUCUUUGGAGUAACUUACAUGUUCAAAAUCACACCGAUCAUCCCUUCACGGGGGAAAGGAAAGCCCUAUUCCUUAGCUGUCACUAUGCCUGAUUUUACUGCAUCCAUUGGAAAUUUUACUUGUUGGGCCGAAGGCGCGUCAAAUGGUACUCGUCUUGAGUGUCACUGGUCCCGUCCCACGGGCUUCGAUCCAUCUCGAUUCUAUGUAAGUGAUAACAGAUUGAAUCUUAGCGCUUUUCGAUUGAAUUUUUUAGGGUAUUUAAAACUGAGUAACGAAAGUAACUCAAUAUGACAUCGUUUUUACUUUAAUUCGCUCUGUGAUUGGUCUAAAAACUUUGCGUCACCCUCAACCAAUUCAAUGCAGUCAACGUUGGUCAGAUUUGGUUGAUCUUAGUUACCUACGUUUCAGGCACUUUGAGUCCUCAUUAGGUCCCAAGGAAAUUUCUCUUUCUCCUGAUUGGCUUAAACCAAAGUUAUCUUAACAGCCAAUCAUAACAAUCGUCAACACGGUGAGGAUAAAGUGAGAACGCAGAAUCAUUUCAAACUUGCGUAAGCUCGUGUUUUUUUGAAGGUAGGAACUGCGUUUGGACUCUUUAGCCAUCUCAGCGAAUUAAUCUCGUUUGCUUUUCCUCUUUGCCGAAGAAUAAUAUCUACAGCAAUUUUAUACUGAUUCUCGAAAGUAAUCUAGGAUUUCUCUAGUUUUGCUGCGCUUAGCUGUGAUUUCCCCAUAAAGUUCGCACCUCUCCACCUCAACCAAUAAUAUGAAAAGCUUAAUUUAUCGCGACUCGGUUGAUGGCGUUUUCCCGCGCUUUAAGCAGUCAUUGGCUAAUGACGACUGAAAUCUUUGUUCUUAUUGGCCAUUUUGACGUUAAUUUGGUUUUCAUACACUUACUGAACGCUUUCUUAGCACUAUUUUUCAUCAGUGUUUAUUUAGCCUUCAUAAGCUCAUCUAAAAUGAUGGCCUGAGCCUUUAAAAUAAUCACUUGUCAGUUACAAGGCUCUAAGAGUCACUGUUGUGUGAUUUAAUUUUGUUUUUGGUAGCACUACGACUUCAGAUACAGGUGUGACGAUUGUCUUUAUGGACAUAUCGUAUACAAAUCCAUCAGAUCUAUAAAUCAAACCUCGGUCAGCAUAUAUGUGGAUAAAGGUCAACAAUACACACUUUGGAACAAAGCUUAUGCGUCAUAUGGAUAUGGAACUCAAGCUCAGACAACGGUUCUUAUUGAGUCCACUUUACGACCUGUGACAAGUUUGAAAGCUGUAAUUGAUCCAAACAAGAAGACCUUUGUGCAUCUGUCAUGGAAUGCCCCAGUCAACACGCGGGUUAAGGUUUGUAGUAACCCUUUAGCCCCUAAGAGUGACCAGCAUCCAAUUUCUCCCUACUGUAUUACCCGUGAAUCAAAUAUGAAAAUCAGGAGAAUAGAGGAGAUGACAUCCUGUUUUGGUUUUGAAGAAAAAGCGACCUGAAUAUUCACAAUAAUUCCAAAAGCCUAUUGGUUUUGUCACGAUACAAUUUACCUAAUCCCCCCCCCCCUCUCUAAUUCUAUAGUAUUCGUGUAAUUCCCCCACAUUGGCAGUCGGUUUUCUAUAGUCCCCCCUUCAUACUCUGUUAGCGACGACUGAUCUCCCCUCCGUUCCCUCCGUUCCCUCCUGAAAACCGUGUGAUUCCUCUUCCCCCCCCCCCCCAAAAAAAAUCCCCGACCUUCCUAAGGCGAUAAAUGACAACUGGUCCCCUAUUUAUUUUUUUCUUUCAGUUUUACAUCUUAAUUACUGAUUGUCCAGACUGCGUUUCAUUUACAACAAUCAGAACACAAUUGAAAGAGACCAAAUACGCCCAAACCCUCCAGUGUGGAAACAAGUACAGGUUUACUGUUAGAGCACAAACCACGGCCAAUGUGCUGACCCAAGAGAGCAGCCAUACGCUAGAAAUCGCACCACCUGUUGGAACAGUAGAGAACUUUUCAGUCACGUCUAGUGAUACUCACAGGGAUAAUAGUACUCACAGGGACAAUAGUACUCACAGGGAUGAUAUGGUGGCGGCGAAAUGUUCCGUGAUGAAGUGGGCCCCCCCUAAGGAAAACGAUUCUUAUAGUGCACAGGUAUUGUGAAACUGCCCCAAGAAAUGCCCCCUCUAAACACUUACAAUACCUUUUGAUGAGCUGAGUAUCUUCCCAAUAAUGGCGCUGCUCGACUCGUAAUCUAUUUUUACUCUGUUAAGUGAGGUGUUGUCCUUCCAAGGCUGAACUCUGAUGGCUAAAAAUGCCAUUGAGUAGUGAUAAAUAGCCUGUAUAAAUAAUCGCUUUUUCAAUUAUUGCUAGUGUCCUAAAGCACUUAGACAUUUAAGGAACAGUCUGUGCAAAAUUAUUAAUUUUGAGUUUUUUGCUGAAAAACUGAAAACUUCGAGCGAAGUCAAAUAAAGAGUAGUCCCUCCUUUUCGCGAAGUCGGUCGCACGAGUUAAAUAAAUCUGCAAAAAAAAAAAAGUGUGUUGGAUUAUCAACCCCGGAGUGUAACCCAAAGUUUGAUACUUAUGUUUAUAUUAUCUGUUUCAGUGGACGGGUUAUCAAAUUGCGGUGCGGACCACAGAUGUGUUAAAGAAUUUCGUAGAGGUCACCAAGGUGUCAAAAGAAACUCAGAAUUAUUCUGUGUGUGAUCGUGAGGAUAAUGAAUUGAAAGCUGGAAAGGAAUAUAUUUUCGAAAUCCGUGUCAUCGUGCCCUGUGGCUUUGGUGCAACAGCUAUAUUGCAUGCUCGUCUUGGCAAAGGUGAAGGUGAGUAUUGCUUCCUUUUAGUAUGGUUUCUUCAUCAAUUUUUGGCUUUCAUUUUAAUCAGGAUCUGAAAUCAACUGUUUUGUUUACUUCCUUGUUUUCAUCUAAGUAAGGUCGUGUGAAAUUCAUUUGGGAGAUUACAAGUGUUUUUUGCGUACAUGCCUCACUGUAUUUAAGCCACUUUUGACAAACUUCACAAUUGUAACCAUCCUCCCCUGCCUCCCAAAAGAAUUUUACCAGAAUGGAAACAGGUAGCUCUCGCUAACCGAAUUUGUCUGUUCUCUUGACUGAUAAGAAUUUAUUAUUGCUGGAAUCUUGACGCUUUGUUCAGUCGCAAAUUAUAAAAAAAAGACCUCAAUAGCUUUUAAGAAAGUAGAACUUUGCCAAAGAAUCUCCUUAUGUGUACUUGCCGGUUAAGUACACCCUAUCAGUUCAAAUCUUGGUUUUUUUCUUCUAAGGAAAUGUCAAAGAAUUCUUAAAGCCAAUACCAGUUGCAGCUCUAUAUGCAUUAAACGUUGUAGAUCUUAUUCGACUAAAUGCGGUAUCAUAUUGCAUUUAUCGUACUCCUUCUCUUCAGCAGCAUUGUUUAAACUCACCGUCGACUCUGUUUUAGGUUAUAUUCCAGCUCCCACCGCCUUCCCUCCAUCCGCUGGAAAACAAACUGGGGGGGAGAAGAAAGGUAUGAGUCCCGUGAUAUGGGCGGUACCUGUAGCUGUGGUUGGACUGAUCCUCGUCUUGGUCAUGACCUACUUCGUUCGUAAGUCGCGUCGACUGGAGCGCUCAAUGUUCGCUCUUAUGACAAGGAGGACCAUUGAUGACGAGGGCGGAGUCACAUUUCAUUCAGGUACUGAUAGAAGGACACUUCAGUGUAUUUAACGGUGACUUGAGACAAACAGAUGGCAUGUUUCUGAGAGGGCUUAACCCUUCAAAUCUUAAGAGUGACCGUAAACUAUUUUCUCCGUUCAAUAAUACUGCUGGAGUCAUUCAUUAAGAUAACGAGAAGAAAGGAAAUUAUCUCCAAUCUGAGAAGCUUUGAUUGUUAAUCAAGUUUUCCUUGCCAGUACCAAAGGAGUCAUACAGAGAACAGAAUGGAGAAUAUGCUCUUAGAUGUUGCAGUGCAAAGGGUCAACUCUAUCAUUAUCACGACUGCUUUUGUCGUGAAAUAAAGGGAGGAGUCCUCUUUUUUGGUCAUUUUUUAGAAGUUUCCCAGGAUAAGGGAUUGAGGAAGAACUUCCAGAGGCUGUGGCCAUCAGUUUAGCGGGCUGGACCCCCGAAUGAGUGGUUGUGGUCCUGUUUAUUGGGAAGACACUUUGCUCUCUCAGUGCCUAGGCUCUCUCCACUCAGGAGUAUAAAUGGGUACUGGGGCGAGCUGUCAGGGAAGCCUAACGAAAUGUUUGCAAGAAGGAAGGGGGAGUCAAAAGGGUGGACCUGAGAUGGACUAGCGUCCCAUCCAGGGUAGAGUAGCAAUACUCCCUGUCGCUUUAUGCAACAGAAACUAGGGUAAGCUCCCACAGUUGUACUAGUCACUCUUGUUUGUACUUUUACAGACUACGUUCUGAUUGUAGAUUACUUUUUUUACCCUCUAGACGAAGACGUACCCUUUAUCCAGGGAUUCUCCGACGACGAACCAUUAGUGACAGCCUAGACCGCCGGUUAGCUGAUCUGGAUUGUUCCCAUUUGUGCAUAGUUUUAUAGAGACCUUAAAUUCGCUGUUCCCACUCCGUAGCUCGAACUUCGUUCUCGGCAACAGCUGCAUUGGUAAUGUUUUCAUUUUUUAGCCCAGGAAGAGUUUGUCUAAGAGGCGAAGAGAAAAUCGCACUUGCGCAAUACUCCACGUGUGAUCAGUUGUUCGCCAGUGUGAUGUUGGACAUGAUUGGGUUGUUUUUUCAUAACUAGGGUAUCAUCAGUGAAAUGCAACCCGAAAAUGCCUUGCAUUAUAACGAUUCAAAACGUAGUCGAGUGGGAACAUUAAGACAGAAACCUUCGUUAGAUGUACGUGGUAGUGUUGUAAUCUAUUUUGAAACUAUCGUAUUUAGACGUAAAACGGCGCUGCAGCAUACGUAAUCUCAUCUCCACCCAGAUGUAGAUGUUCAACCCUUUCACUCCCAAGAUCUCAUUAGUAAUUCUCCUUACUGUCUGCCAUACAGUUCUUGUGAUGUUAGUUUAGAGAAUUUGGUAUUUGAUCAACUACUUAUCCUUAAUUGAUGGUUUUCUUUAUUCUCAUUACUUGUCUUCUUGAUAUCGUAUUGAUCUUGUAUGGAGAAGUUCUUUCUUGGUCACCCAUGGGAGUUAAAGGGCUAAGGGACCGGUCAUUCUUUAUCCCCUGGGGGUGGGGGUUUCACCUGGUCCCCCUCUUAGGCAAUUAAGUAUUUUAAAGAUCCCCCUUCACUGGUAGUCAAUUUUUGUUGUCCCUCUUUGAAAUCUGUUAGCGACGACUGACGCCCCUCUGUCCCCCCUCCACCCCCCCCUAAAAAAAACCCAUGUGACCAGCUUAACCCCCUCAGGCGAUAAAAUGCUCCCUAAACAUUUUUCAAGGAAUUUCAUCGUCGUAACCUAGAGUUUAAAAAAACCUGGGGAUGCCGAUUUUCGCGUGCGCCCUAGCGAUAGGGAAGUUUUUAACGACAAGUGAGGCGUAUAUCGGGCGUUGGGUUGCAUUCCAUCUACUGGCAAUUCAAGGAUUGCACUUAAUUCGAAGUGUAGUUUGAAUUAUGAUUCAUUCCAUGACAAAGGAGAAAAAACGCUGCCUUAUUUUUAUCUAAGACUACCAAAAUAAAGUAAACCAAGCGACUAAGAUAAAGAAAGAAAACGUAGGUAGAUAACAGUUUUCGCGUUACCCUGUAGAUAAAAGCCAAUGCACAAAAAUGGGAUUCAUAGUUUUAAAGAUACCAGAAGAAUAGGUUUCCCCGAAGUGUUUUCAAAAAGCGCUAUCGUUAGUUUCAGUCACCGGGUGAUACGAUAUCACUUGUUUUUGUUUGUUUGUUUGUUUGUUUGUUUUUUUUUUGACACGCAGUUAUAAUCAGGACGUAUCAAUAAGAGUGAACACUGCUUCUGUGUAGUUUAAUGUAAGUCAGCCAGAAUAUACAGGCUUGGUAGAAAUAGUGAUUAAGUCUCCUCCAAGAGGAAAGAAACUAAAUUUUGGGAUUUUCAGUUGUUACGUAUUGUUAAAAAUGUAAAGAAAAGUAGUUCAAUUUAAGGAAAGUGCCACUGCAACUUGAGGGAAAGCUGAGAAUGCAACUCAGAUUGUUGUGGUUUUAGCAGUUUACAAAGAGAUUGUAAAAAAACCGGGAAAAAGGUAACACGUCAGUCUUUCUUCAGUUGUUACAUUGUAAUUUUUCCAGUGUCAACUAUUUACACACCCUAUAUUAAAGCUACUUUUCUAGUUUUGUUUUUAAGACCGUUACUUAUUUGUUUGCAGUUUUUCAGAAGCGUUAUAAAGACGUAAACGUUUAGAUUUUGUUAUUAAAAAGAGC